UAAUUGCUAUAUAUAAACAGGCGGAGACCGCAUCUCAGACUCGGAUACGGUUUAUACGAUGUACUCACUGCUAUAUAAAACCAGGGAGAGAGCCAAAAUCUAAAUUUAAAGGCCGAAAGGAGCCGAGCGCCGCCGAGCCGCCCGCCCGCCUCAGUCCAUCGCCGACUGCCGCCCCGACAUUUCCAAACGUAUCGCGGUAACCGUUAACGUAAACGGCAAAAAACUUCCGAACACCGAAGUGAAGUGAAUUGAAAAGUUUGGAUUUUCCAGUGCAGUGCCAGUGUGGUGUAUUGUUAUUAGUUACCGCGAUGCAGAUAUCGGCGUGACACCGGGUUGACAAGAUUCAAUCCGCGAGAUGUCGCAACCGCCGCCGGGACACGGACGCGCGCGCCCCCCGGGCCCUCCGUCCCCCCUCCACUACCGCCCCCCCUCACCAUGGGCCCCAAGCCCUCCCCCACUUAUCUCUGGCCCUCGGCAUUCCACCGCCCUGGUGUCACCACCACCAGUUCAUCCGUCACCUAAACCGUUCAGGCCAUUGCAUUCUCCUUUCCGGCCGCACUCUCCAUCUCCGAGCUCGCAUUUCUCUAUCUCGCCCUAUCCCAUGUCUCCUACGUUGGGGCAGAGCCCGGAGUAUUAUUACUCGUCUCCGUACGAGCCAGUCCGGGAGUACGAUUACGCGGGAGUCCCGCUGGAGCCGCCUCCGCCCCCGCGGCCGAUGAUAUACGAGGAGGAGGAAGAGAGGGGGCCGUCCACGGCAGAGAUCAUUGCCAGCCAGUCACAGGAAGGCUACGUUGAUGAGAAGCUAGCAGAGUAUCAGCUCACUAUUCAGUUAUUACAAGAUGAACAGGAAAGAGUACAGAAGAAGACCUUCGUUAAUUGGAUCAAUUCACAUUUGUCGAAGCGCAUUCCGCCACUGCGCAUCGACGAUUUGAUACAUGACCUGCGCGAUGGCACCAAACUAUUGGCGCUGCUCGAAGUGCUGUCGGGGGAAAAACUGCCAAUGGAACGCGGUCGCGUUCUCCGCCGCCCGCACUUUUUGUCCAAUGCCAACACUGCGUUGAGGUUCCUCGCAGGAAAACGAAUCAAGCUUGUGAACAUCAACGCAGCGGACCUCGUGGACGGCCGACCUGCCGUCGUUCUUGGUCUAAUAUGGACCAUCAUCCUCUACUUCCAGAUCGAGGAGAACAGCCGAGCGCUGGAGUACUUGGGCGGGUCGCGCUGCGCGUCCGUCAUGUCGCAGGAGUCCGGGGCCGCCACCCCGACGCACCGCGCCGAAGACCGCUGGAAGCAGGGCGCCAAGAAAACGCUGCUGCAGUGGGUCGCCAACGCCCUGCCCAAGGAUUCCAACAUUCAUGUAUCAGACUUUGGUCCCUCUUGGCGUGAUGGUGUGGCUUUCCUUGCCAUUAUCGACGCAAUCAAAGCCAACCUGAUCAAUCUCGCCGAAAUGAAGAGGAAGACGAAUAGACAGCGCUUGGAACAUGCUUUCGACGUAGCUGAGAACGAACUGGGCAUCGCCAGGCUUCUGGAUGCAGAAGAUGUGGACGUGGAGAAGCCAGACGAGAGAUCCAUUAUGACUUAUGUGGCACAGUUUUUGCACAAAUAUCCUGAACCCAAGACAACAGGACCGGACGCUGUAGCGGCAGUACAGGAGGAAUACGAAUCUCUUAGAAUGUGGUUGACGGAACGCGUCACCAUCAUUCAAAGGCAAUACGACACGCGAACUCUCUCGCGAAACUACGAGGACUACGUCCGUGCCGAAAACGACAGGCUCGCCCGAGAACCUGUCUACCAGAAACUCGAAAAACUCAUGUACACACAAAGCUUAGUAGCCAUCGCGCCCAAGUCAUGGCGCGAACUAGUUUCCCUGUGGACAGAACUCGAAAGACUGCACAGAAGAUGGCUCUGGCUUUUGGACUCCGACUUACCCGGGGAUUUCAGAAUGGUCGGUGAAUGGCUGGCCAGAGCUGAAUAUCUUUUAUACUUUGACGAAAUACCUACAAGCCUGGACGAAAGAACGGCAGCUAUCAUCAGCGAGAAACUAGAGGAACAUAGCUCGUUCUUCGCCAGUCUUCCUGAAGUUGUUGAUAGGUUUGAAGCGGCGUUAAGAUCCCCUGACGCUUCAAGAAUCCCCGGGGAGAGACUUCAAGAAAUGAAAGAGCGCUUAGAGACUGUGAGUCGAAGAGCCCCACAGAGAAAAGCCAGAUUAAAAUAUUUAGAACACAAAUGCUGCAUAGUAGCUUUCACAGAACUGACCAAGGCUAAACUAGCCACGUGGACCGGUAAAUACGGCCGCAUUGAUCACGUUCGUGCCUUAUUAGAUGAUUAUGAUAAUUUUGUGACAAAGAAUAAGAUUUUCCAAGAGUUUGAUAGAGCGUAUGUUGAUAUAAAAGAAGUAGCGGAAGAGUACAAGAGAGUGUGUCAAGUAGAUAGGACUGAAGCUAAAGAGAUUGAUGCGUUUUUGAGAGAAGUAUCAGAAACGUGGCGAAGAGUGGCCUCGGACGUGAGGUGCGCCCGAAGCGUACUCGAAGAAGUGAUAGCUCAUUGGGAUAGAUGGAAUACCUUGGCUGACGACUUUACAACUUGGUUGGACAAGGCGCAGCACAUGCUGCGCGUCUCUGAAGACGAAAGAUUGGAAUUCUUCCACGAUCUUACCGUGUGGAAAGAGAAGCACCAACUGCUCGGUGACGCUGCCGGAUUCCUGGCAGCGACGUCAUCUGAUGACAUCGCAUCAGAAGUUAAGCGGAAAUACAUCGAAAUCACCGAACGAUGGGAGCGAGUGUGGGAAGAAGCCGAGAGGUACGUCCGCGGCGGCGACGCGCUGCGCCACCGCCGCGAGCUGGCGUCGGGCGCGGCCGCGCUGGACGCGUGGCUGCGCGCCGCCGACUCCCUGCUGGCGCGCCAGCCUCGCGCCGCCACCCACGACAUCCAGGCCUACAUCGACCAGCUGCUGCAGCUCAACAGCGAGAUCGAGCAGCACGAGGAACUCUUUAAGACUAUAAGCAGAACCUUCCAAAACGCAAUCGCCGAACUACCCCGCGACGAGGUAGAAGCCAACAUGGCGAAGCUAAAGCAGCAGAAAGAAGCGUUAGUGCGAGUGCGCGCCACCGUGCCAGUCAAGUUGCACCAGUACCGGCAGCUACUUGUCCAGCACGAGUCACUCGAGACCGGCCAGAGGGAGAUCGGCCAGUGGCUGGACAAGGCGGAGGAGGCGCUGGCCACGACACACCAGACUAGACGUGAAAUCAUAGAAGAGCAGUACGAGAUCCACCGCUCCUUCUUCUCGCGGACGACGUACUACCGCUCCAUGCUCGAGAGCAAGAACAAGGUCUUCCAGAACAUCGUGAAGUCGGCCGACGCGGACCGCAGCGCCGACGUCACGGAGCAAGUGCACCUCAUGAGAGAUCUCAAUGACAGAUUUGCGCACGUGUCCUCGGAAGCGACACGCCGCGAUGCCGAGCUGCAGCGACUCGCUCGCGCUUGGGAAGAGUUUGAGAUCAAGAGGCGUUCCGUGGAGGAAUGGGCGUCCCGCGCGGAAGCCCUGUUGGCCGACAACCGAGUUGACUCCAAGCAGGCCGUGGACUUCCACAAGAGGUUCUUCCAGGGUGCCGAUGAGAGGGCCGUGUCUGAGCUCGUUCGCUCUGGAAGGGAACUUAUAGAGCUGGUCAGCGAAGAAGAGCGGCCGCAAGUAGUGGGCACAGUGGAGACACUGCAGCGGCGCUGGCGCGAGCUGCUGGCGCGCGCGCCGCCGCACCUCAUGCGGCUCGAGUUCCGCCUCGACGAGGCCGUGUUCGCGCACUGCAUCAAGGACAUCGAGAAGGAGAUCGUCUACGAGGAACAGGCUUACAACCAAAGCGACGAUGCAGAUGGCAUUCUCAUCAGAAAUGAGGAAUACUUCCGCAACCAAGGCAAGGUGAUGCAGGUGGAACAUUGCCUCCAGAACCUGAAAAAGAUCGCCACCAGUUACACCCAGCAGACGAAUGAUACAUCCCUUGAAGAAGCCUUGAGGAGGUGUGAACAGCAAUGGGAGAGCACCGUCCACAGAGUGGAGCACUUCCGGCAGCAGCUACAGAGGAUCCCGGCCAAGUGGGACGCCUACAGGGACAAGUUCCGUGAGAUGGAAAGGUGGAUGGACCACGUGGACAAGACUAUGGACAGCAUUGUCAGAGAAGUCGACUCCGCUGAAGCGUUUGAACGAGAGAAGACUAUAUUCCAGAACAUUUGCCGUGAAGCAGACAGGAAGCGUGAAGACAUGAAGUGGCUUGUUCAGACACUGGAUAUGCUGACUAACCAUUGCUCUGAGCUCGAGGCUCAGGAAGAACAAGUCAAACUUGAAAACCUCAUCGCACGAUACAAAAAUCUCAUCCCAACAAUCGAGAUCACAAUGAUCAAGACUGAGACCUACACGAGAUGUUACACUUAUCGCCGUGAGGUCCAUGAAGUGAUCUGUAUUCUUGAAAGCGCGAAACAACAAGCCAUGAUAGAACCAGAACCACAAUCCUUGCAACACGUGGAACAGUUGGUUAUGGAACAACAAUCGGCUGUACAGAAGCUCGACCGCCAGCGACCUUCUGUCAUGUCGAUGCUGCAGCGUGGCAAGGAAUUGAUCAAGGACGCGAAUGCACCUGCUUUUGUAAGAGAAGACGUAAGAAAUCUCGAGACCGGUUGGAACGCUGCUUACGAGACAUCCAAUGACCGCCUCCAUAAACUGCGCGAUACGCAGAAGGUGUGGUCCAACUACGAGUAUCAGAAGGAAGAAUUACUGUCCGAUCUUGAUAGGAUAGAAAAUUAUGUCGCUAACCCUGGUUUGGAAUUAGGCGUAACAAAUAUUGCCCGUGAGCUUCAAGAAACAAAGACAUUUAAUGCUGAUAUAGAAAGAGCCAAAUCUGAAAAGCUGCCGCAGUUGCAGCAUGCUUACGCUCAAUUGCAGUCGCUGACUGCUAACAAACCCAAGCCUGUCAUUGAGAAAGACCUCGAAGCAAUUGGAAUGAAACUGGGCAGAGUGCAAGAUGAAGUUCAAACUAAAGUCGUACAUUUAGAGAAGUUCAACGAAGAAUGGGUAAAGAUAGAACAUAAAUUAGACCAUGUUCGUGAAUGGAUAAAGAAAGAAAGCCCAGUACUAAUAUCUCAUAUUCGAUCUGAAAACAUUACUCCUGAAGAACGAGUUUUAAAGUCACAAGCAUUGCAGAAAGUAAUUGCUGAAAAACUUGACAUCAUUAAGGAGGUCGCAGACCAAGGAACUAAACUAGCCGUAGAACACAAAGUCCAGGACGCAAACAGGCUAAAAGGGGAAGUUGCCUUAUUAGAGAAAAUGAUGGCUGACCUUCAGCGUUCAACAGAACAUCAAACCAAAGUUGUACAACAUGAUUUAGCAAGCUGGCAAAAGUAUCAAAAAGGAGUAGUUGAAAUUAAACCUUGGAUUGAAGAAGCUGAGGCUAAACUUGGCAGCGUACCUAAACCUUCAACGCUAGCUGAGACUCAGCAAAUGCAACAACAAUCUAAAGCAUUGAUAACUGAUUGUGACAAACAGUUGAUGAACCUUCAGAUUCUUUCAAACGUGAGCCAUCAAUUGUCUGGCAAAACAAGUGCUCCCGACGAAGUCGACGCUAUUCACUCAAGAUGGGCAGUAAUUCACGAUCAAGCAGAUCAAUGGAACAACAAAUUAGACAAAUUAGUCACCAACUGGGAGAACUUUGAACGUGAGGCACAGAUAUUAGAAGCAUGGAUAGAAAAUGGAGAAAAACUCAUAAGUAGUCGAAGUGUUACUAUCGAUUCUCCGCAAGUUGAAAAAUUAGACCGUGAAUUGAACAAACUAAAGUCGUUUGGCAAUGAAAUUUCGCAACAGCAAGCUAAAAUUAUUAGCUUGUCUCAGACUUGUGACAAUAUAUGUCAUAGCAUACAACCCGAAGGAGCUACUUUGUUAAAAAAUAAUGUAGCGAGUAUUAAACAACGUACAAAUGAUUUGGCCGAAACAGUUCGAGGUCGAGUUAAUGAGCUAUCGGAUAAAAUAAUUGUCCGUCAGGAAUUCAUGACCAAAUUGCAUACAUUUGAUAACUGGAUUACUGAUUUUAGGAGAAAGACUGAAAGCUAUGAUCAAAUAGCUGCGGACAAAGUAGAACCUGCACUGCAAUCUAUGCAUGUCCUGCUCCAAGAACAUGCAGCAAAAGCUCCAGAAUUUACGGAUAUUUACAACGAAAUCAAGAAUUUGACGCUCUCAUCACAUCCUGAUGAAUCGCGUGCUUUGAGCGAAACCUACUCUAACAUCGCAGAGCAUUACCAAAUUAUUGAAAACAAUAUUCAACAAAACAAGGGCGUAUUACAGAAAUGGUCAGACCUCUUGAACUGGUACGAAGAUAAUAAGCAACAACUAGGGCAUAUUCAGUACCAAAUAGAUGGGCCAAAACUCGCACCUGAGAGCUACGAAAUAUUACGCCAAGAACUAGUCAACGUGAUAUCUAAGAUACCUGAAUGGAAGAGCAACGUUGCUCUAUUAGAUGGACCUUCGCGUGUCAAGGUUACAGACCAACAUUCAGGUAGAAUGAUAUCACCAACGAGUCUUGUUAAGGAAAUUGAAAUGAAAGCGGAUGCUCUGCUCAACCAGGUAACGACGAGGAGAGAUCUGGUUCAACAGGUAGGAGCUAGAUGGGACAAAUUCAAUGUACAACAUAACGCGUUAUCAGAAGUAUUACACAACGUCCAAUCCGUUUUGAAUGAAAUGGCUCAAAAACUUGUACCUCUGACUGAAGCAUCAAUUCAAGAUAUGACUGAAGAACUUGACAAGUUAGAUGCAGAACUUAGGGAUAAACAGUCGGUACGUAAAGAACUAAGAGAAGAAGGCCUACAUUUGAUGAGGGAAGAUCAACCAAAUAUGGGCACUAUUCAAAAUGCCUUGGCGGCAGCUGACAAUAACUGGGACCAGAUUGUAAAUUCAGUGCGCGAUACAAAGAACAAAUAUAUACUUCUUUCAUCUACCUUACAGGAGUUGAAAAACUUUACUGUCGCUUUUGACCGGGAAAUGACAAGAGCAGAUCAACUUUACAGUGAAUGCAAAGAUGCUCCUCCUGAUUACGUGCAAACAGCCCAUGCUUUAGACAAAGCUAAAAAAGCUUAUGAAAUUCUUAAGCGGUCCAAAGGACUGUUGGAUCAAAUGGACCUCAUUAAACAGUCAAUCCUUAAACAAGCUUCUACUUUAGGUGGUUUUGACACUAGUCCUUUAGAAGAAGCUUUCUUAAACUCUCAAACUCAAUGGGAGAAAGCGAAUGACGCUAUCAUUAAGCGCAUCCAAGACUUAGAGUCUCAACUCAUUGUAUGGAGGCAAAUUGACGAUACGAAGAACCAAGUUGUUACUUGGUUAAGUGAAACUGGUCAGAAUUUAGCUAAUGCUAGUGACAACUUAGAAAUAAGGUUCGGACACAGCCAUUUGACCAAGUACAAAGAGGAACUUCCAAUAUAUGCUGGCUUGAAAAACAGCAUUAAAGCCAAAUGUGAACAGAUAACCAAUCUCAAUAAAAACAUUCCUGUCAGCCAAGUUUCAUCAAUAGUUGAGUAUUUGGAUAAUGAGUUUGAAGCUUUACAAUCAUUAGCUGAUAACCUCGAAACUGCGGUGUCAUCCUUAGAAACUAAAGAAAAUAAAUUAAAAGAUAAUAUUAAGCGAUUGUCAGACAGCGUAAGUAAAAUAAGAGAUGACAUCAUUCAAUGCGAUGACAUGACAGGCGAUAAUGCAAAAAUUUUGGAUCGUCUUAAGAAGUGUCAGUCAUGCAAAGCUAAAUUACAAGAGUUAAGCGAUGAGAUUGAUAAUGUAGCACAAAACGUCUCAGAAAUGAACGCAAAUUAUCCUGGGUUCUACGAAUCUCUAGUUCCUAAAGAAUUAAGCGGACUACAAAAACGAUUUGAAAGCGUAGUAGUGCAUGCUAAUAAAACUGAAACAACGCUUCUGACGUUUUUGCAAAAACUCUUUACUGACAAGCUGAGUAUGUUCAAUAGAAAUCUGAAAAUCUUAGAUGAUAAAACUAGAUGGUGUAUGCCCGAUGCUGCAAGUGAUAAAUACAAUUUAGAAGUUAAAAACGCAGCACUGGUUGAUGUUGAAAACGGACUAGUUGAAUGUGUCGCGAAGGUUAAAGAAUUAAAAGAAGCCUGUGACAUAUUACACGUUGUUGCCGAACCAGCUUGCGCUCAAGAAGCCGCUCAGCAAACAGAAAAAGCGAGAAAGAAUCUAGAUGUGCUGACGUCAAACUACGAACAAAUUAAGAGCAAACUAAAAGACAAUAUUGGCGCUUGGCAAGAUUAUGAAGCGUUAUUGGAAAACGUUUCAGAAUGGCUUAAAGAAAAAGAAAAUAGGGUAAGACAAGAAGCAGCUAAUCUUCUUACUCUAGAUGAAAUAGACGGCAAAAUAACUGAUAUUACAGCAUUAAAUAAAGAAAUUAAAGACUAUGGUGAACAAGUCGACAAACUAACGGGUAUAGGUGAAAAUAUCAUAGCUCAGAAUACAGACUCACGUGUUUUGCAAUAUAUAAAUCAUUUAGUUACCAGGUAUCAAACUGUUUCUAAAUUUAUGGACAACCACCUCGCCAGGCUGAAAGAUUUGAAAGAAAACAAAGGUAAAUACAAUAAGUCAAUUGCUGAAUUUAAAAAUUGGCUUCAAGAUGCAAAUUCCAAGAUUAAGGACCUAUCAGCUUUGAGCAAACAUGCUAAACCGACUCCGACCGAUCUAGAACAAGUAAAGAAAUUAAACGACAACAAAGAAAUUGGCCAAAAACUUUUGAAUAAUGCUAUUGAAUCUGGGGAAUCAUUAUUUAGUGGUAUAACACCUGAGGAUCGGGAAGCAGUUAGGAAUGAACUCAGAUCCUUAAGAGACUACUUUGAAGAUUCAGUCGAUUCUCUUAAUAACGUCAUUAAAGAUAUUGAGACUACAAUCAACAAACGUUCUUCAUUCGAUGAUACUUUCAACCAAGUUCAAAAAUGGAUUGGUGAUAAAGAGAAGGAGCUAGGUGAGUUCAAACUGGGAGCUACCUUACCUGAAAAGAAGGCUCAGCUACAUGCCAAUAAAAUUUUACAUCAAGAGGUAGAGUUACAUCAGUCAAUGCUGACGCAACUGACAGAAAAGAUAAAACUUAUGCCUGAUGAUGAAGCCGAAAAAAGUUUAUCUAAGACCAUUGACAGGUACCAAAACAUGGCUAAAGAGCUUCAAAAUCGAAUUAACAUCUCUGAAUCCCAUGUCGUAGAACACGAAAAAUAUGUCCAAAUGUUUGAAGACACGCGUGAUCGCCUCAAUCAUAUAGUAGCUGAAAACAGUAUGCUAAACUAUGGCGUGGUUUCACAAAAAGAUGACGUCGAUUCGAAAAUCGCUGCUAUAGAAAAGGUUACAUCCAAAGCACAUCAUAUUGAAAAUGAUUUAGAUGGCUUAAAAUCUCAUUUAACUUCCCUUUUAAAGUCUACAAGUUCAAAUGGACAUCCAAUUCUCAUAAGCGAAUACGAACAGCUUAGUGCGACAUGGAAUCAGUUUUCUUCUCAAUGCAAAGCCCAAGAUGAAAAACUCAAAGAAACAUUAAAACAAUGGAAUGAAAGUCAAAAAACAUUAGACGAACUGGAAGAAUGGCUCAAAAUCAAAGAAAAUCAACUGAGAGAUCAAAGCUUAAAGAGUACUCUAGAAGCUAAGAUUGCUCAUUUACAAAAGGUUAAAGAAAUGCAGACUGAGUUAGCAUCACGAAGUGGAGAAUUUUCCGCUUUGGCAAGGUCUAGCAGCACACAAAAUGUUGCCAGCGAAACUGAUAUUUCAACAAAAACAUCAAAACUGGCUACAAGAUAUCACACUCUAAACAAUCUUGUUAGUGAAACUAUAUCUAAGUACGAGGUGUUUGUGUCUGAGCAUAAAGAGUUCGAAAAUGAUUACAAUAAUAUGGAAAGCUGGCUAAUAGGUAUGCUUGGUGAGCUACAGGAUCUUAAUGAAAUUGUUGGUGAUUAUGCUGUUCUACAAGAAAAGCAGAAUAAAGCUAAAGAGCUAUAUGAAACAAAAAAUAAGAAGACGCCAGCUUUUGAAGAAUUAUUAGGCUUAGGAGAGAAACUUUACACACAUACCAGCCCAGAUGGCAGGGAGGUCAUUCGCCAGAAGAUUCGUAAAAUCAGAACUCUGUGGGAUAGCUUUGGCGAUAGCUUCCAAGAAACUGUCAAUAAAUUAGACCAGUGCCUAUUACAAUUUUCUGAUUUCUCGCUAGCACAAGAACAACUUACAAAGUGGUUAAAAGACGUUGAGAAAGCAAUGCAGCGACAUACAGAGUUAAAGGCAUCAUUAGAAGAGAAGAAGGCGCAAUUGCAAAACCAUAAAAUAAUGCACCAGGAAAUCAUGUCUCAUCAACAACUCGUCGAGUCGGUUUGUGACAAAGCGCAACAAUUGGUUGAUCAGACACAUGAUGCAUCACUUAAUGUCUAUUUGCAGUCCAUUAAACAAUUAUUCCAAAACAUUGUUACUAAAUCUCAAAAUCUGCAAGACAAUUUAGAAGAUUGUGUCAAGCGGCAUGAGGACUUAGUCCGUUUGAUUCAGCAAUAUAAGGAAUGGUUUGGAUCUCAAUCAGAAAAGUUACUUGACAUCGAAAAUGCAGCUGGAGAAAAACCAGAAAUUGUACGGAAAUUGCAAUCAGCAGUUGCUUUGAAGGACAUUGAGAAGGUAGGUUCGAAGAAGCUUGAUGAAAUACGAACUAUCUUUUCUUCUGUCAGCAAGAGCACGUCAGAACCGGGCAACGCAGCAAUCAAAGCUGAAAUCGAUAACUUACAUGACCAGUUACGCAAUGCGGUUGAAGGCAUCAUAUCUUCGGAACAGAAGUUGAAACAUACCUUAGAAAUUUGGAAUAAGUUUGAUUCGUCGAUUGAAUCUAUUACAGAAUGGCUUAAAGACAAAGAAUCUAAGUGUCGCGAUCAAAGUUUAUGUUCAUCUUUACAAGAAAAAGAAGCCCAGCUUCAAAGAUACGUUGAUCUUCGCAACAGUAUUAACUCUAAAGAAAAGGAGAUUGAUACAUUUGUAGAUGACUCGCAUAAUUUGAUACAAUUAAGUGGUGUUGAACGUCUUAAACCUUUGGUCACACAAGUUAGCAGCCGUUAUCAACAACUGCACGUUGUUUCUAAAGAAAUCGUCAAUCACUGGAUUGAAUUAGUAGCAGAUCAUAAGAAGUAUGUGCAACUACAUAAUGAAUUAGACAGUUGGCUUAGACCUUUAGAGGAACAGGUUUCUCAAAUGGCAGCUAAAGAAGAUAAGCUAACUAUUGAAAGUAGGGGUAAUAAACUACAAGUGUUCUUGUUGGAAAGAGAUAACGGAGAGCAUAAAAUCAGUAUUCUUACUAGUGCUGGUGACAAAGUACUGCCAGAAACUGCUGCGAAUGGUAGAGAGAACAUCCGAGUUGAAAUCAGAACACUUAGAGAACGAUGGGACAAACUAAACGAUUCAAUUCUCCAGCAACAAAAGGAAUACGAAUCCCAAACACUUCAAUGGUCAAGUUAUCAAGAUGUUUUACAGCAGACGUUGUCUUGGCUCGAUGAGAAAGAAAAAAUCGUGGACACAGAAGAAAAAGCAGUGCUCAAUUCUGCUCAAGAAAUAAAAUCAAAGCUUCUGAAAAAUAAGACAUUACUUCAAGAAAUUUAUUCUCACAAGAGAGUAAUUGAGACAGUUACAGAAAAAGCAAAGAGUGUGGCUGCUUCUUUGCACUCCGGGAAAGGUGAAAAUGAUGAAAUGGCUAGCAUCAUAAAAUCCGUGUGGGAUCGCUACAAUGCCUUGACAAGCAGACUGUCAGGAAUUAUUGAUAAAAAUGAAAGCAACUUCGAGAUAUACCAGCAGUUUACGGAUCAGCAAAAGUCACUACAAGAUUAUCAAAAGCAUCUGUGGGAUCGCCUGCAUCUGCUAUCAGAUUUUACUGGAAACAAGGCAGCGUUACAAAGCAAAUUAGCCAAAAUACAAGAACUACUGGAUGCUAUUCCAACUGGCAACAAUAAAUUGAAAAUACUGCAAGACUUAAUUGAAAACAAUGGUGCCAAAUUAUCGCCUAGAGGAAAAGAAGGAAUGUCCAGGGAACUGGCAUUACUUAGGGCUGACUUAGAAAAGUUCACAGCGACUGUCCAUGAUGUGAAGCGAGGUAUUGAAGAUAAAAUUCAGCAAUGGAUUGAGUUUGACAGUGCCAAUGAUCGUCUUCAACACUGGCUGAGCGACACUGAGAUGAGUCUCAAGACGUACUCUCCCAAAGCAACUUUAGAAGAGAAAGUGGAUCAGCUCAAUAAAUACCAGGACUUAUGUAAAGCGAUUGAUAACCAUGAAACUGAUUUGAGCGCAGUCGCUUCGUUGGGCGAAGCGUUGGACCAAGCUAUUUUAGCAAAUCUAAAGAAAACAGAAAACGAUGUUGACAAGCUAUCUGACGAGUUUAGUGAUUUAAUAGAAAACUGCAAUGAUACAAGAAUCACUAUGAACUUGCAACAAAUGACAUCACGAUUCCAAUCAGUGCAAUCAACUGCGAAAGAAUUGGUUAAGAAAUGUGAACAAGCCGUUAACGACCAUAAUGCUUAUCAAGAAAAGUAUAACCAAUGCACGGAUUGGAUAAAAACAGCACAAUAUUCAUUUGAAGAGUGUAACAAAAAUCUAUCCAACACUCCUGAAGGUAUCAAAGCUAAACGCGAAAGCCUAAACGAUUUAUUGAGCCAACGUCGCAAUGCUACUCUACUAGUCAAUAACACCUUUGAGUUGGGUGAAAAAUUGUAUCCUUCCACUUCACCAGAGGGCAAAGAAUUGAUAGAACAGCAGCUUCAAGACAUCCAACAGGCUAUUGAUAAUUUGUAUGACAGCAUUACAAAGGCGGAACGAGACUUAGAUUCUGAGUUAAACAAGUGGUCAUCGUUUGAAGACAAUCUGAAAACUGUGAAACAAUGGCUCAGUGCCGCUGAGAAAAAUCUACCAAAAGAAAUUGAACUCAAAGCUACGUUGGAUGAGAAAAGAAAUCAACUUAACGUAUACAGGACAUGUCUUCAAGACGCUAUCGCACAUCAGCAAGAUAUUGCAAACUUAGAAGCAAGGGCACAGAGUCUGCCCGACGUAACUAAAGACAUUACAAAAGAAAUAAGUAUGCUUCAACAACGACAUAACGCUAUUCUUGCCAGAGCAAAGUCUUUCGUCGAACAGUAUGAAGCUAUUGUAAACAAUCACCAGCAAUAUACUAAAACGGUAAUGGAUUUGCAAGAAUGGGUAGAAGCCACCCACAAUACCGUCCAGCUUUGGGGUGAUGUCAAUCUUGAGCGCGUUGCUUUGAGCAGCAAUUGCGAGAAGCUCAAAUCAUUGCAGCAUACUUUACCUGAAGAGAAAAACCGUAUUGAUAAAAUACGCAGCUUAGGCGAAAAUGUGUUACCUGGAACCAUAAGCAAUGGUCAGGCGAAUAUAAGAAAUCAAAUUGACGCUUCUCACCAAGAAUGGGAAGGUCUUGUGUCUUUCAUUUCAAAAACAAUAGAGGCUUUGGAGAAUAAGAUACAACAAUGGAAUGAAUAUGAAAACAUGAAAGACCAGUGCUUGGCCUGGAUAAGAAAUACAGAUACGCAAAUUCACGCUGUAGAUCUGAAAGCAACGUUAGCUGAGAAACAAGACCAAUUCAAGAAAUUCCAAGAGUUGCAAGGAGAGGUGAGGGCUAAAGAACUAGAAAUUGACAAUAUCACAGAAAAAGCACAGAACCUUUACACUGGUGUGCUAGGUCCUCGAGGUUCACAAAUAUCAGACUUAUCUGUGAAAUAUCAAGCGUUAUCUCAGAAAGUGAAAGAUCUAACAAACAGAUGGCAGCAAUACGUCAAGACUCACCAAGAAUUUACCAGCAACGUUACCGAAUGUUCUCAAUGGAUUGAAGAAUUAAGAGACAAGCUGGACUUCUGUGCUGACUUGAGCUCUUGCUCUCAGGAUGAUUUAGAAACCAAGUUAGUAUUAAUUCAAAACCUUCUACUUGCCAAGGAUGAAGGUUUUACUAAAGUUCAGUCCCUGGUUGAACUUGCUCAAAAUGUUAUGGCUAAUACGGCACCUUCUGGACAUGACGCUAUCAACAACUCUCUCGUCGCUUUGCAAGAACAAUGGUCAGCUCUUUUGUCCAGAAUGAUAGAGACUAAGAACCUACUCGACGAUUCGGUCACAAAAUGGGCUGGAUUCUUAGAACAAAUACAACUCAUAGAAAAAAGCAACACAUGGAUGGAAAAUAUGCUGGCAGAGUUGACACCAUACGAAUCUUCCAUGUCUGACAAGAGAGCUCAACUUGAAAAACUUAAAGAAGUUGAAGAAAAAGCAAGAUGCGAUCGUCUUGAAGUCGAUACAUUGAAAGCAAAAGCAGCCGAAAUGCUGGCUAGUGGUCAGCAAAAUCAGGUAGCGUCUAAAGCUCAAGAGACACUUAACAAGUUUGACACAUUGUAUGAUAAAAUCAAGAAACUGUUAGCAGAUAGAGAAGAACACUAUAAAGACCACAGGUUGUAUAAGGAAGCCCACGACGAGCUGAUCCAAUGGCUGAGUAGAGCAAGAGAAAAGGUUCCAUCAUUGAAAUCUAAGCCUUUAAGUGAUAAAUUAGCGAUUGAGAAUUCGGUUGCCCCUCUAGAUGCUUUAAUUAAUAAACAAGCUCAAGGUGAGCUACUGUUGGAACAUUUACAACACACAGGCGAAGUAUUGUUAGCAAGCACUUCUCCUGAAGGACAAACUGUAAUCAAAAAUGAAAUGAAAGCUUUGAAAGAAAGUUUCGAUGACUUAUUCAAUGAAAUUAAGCGACAAAAGAGUCAACUGGAAGAUACUGUAAAUCAGUGGCGUGAAUAUAAGGACGAAUAUGAGAGAUUGUCUGAUUGGUUGCAGCAGAAAGAAAUCCACAUCAAGAACCAAAAACUUGCUCUGCUAGGCACAGCCAAAGAAAAGGGCGCCCAAGUGAAUGAAGUGAAAGCGAUUGUGGAUCAGCUGAACAAGGGAAAGGCUGAUAUCGAUAAAUUUAAUGCUUCUGCUGCAGGCUUACUAUCAUCGCAUUUAGAUACUUAUGUUAAUAAUCAAUUGAGACAUCUUAACUCCAGAUACCAAGUAUUAGUGAACAUGGCAAAUGAUGUACUCAAAAAAGUUGAAACUAACUAUGAACAACAUCAAAACUAUGACGAUAAUUAUGUCAAGACCAAAAAAUGGAUUGACGAUGCUUGGGAAAUCACACGAAGCGGGAGUGACACUGGUAGCAACAGCAGUAAAGACGCUCUGCAAAAACGCUUAGAACAAAUCGAAGACCUGUUAAAACGAAGAGAAGAAGGCCAAAAUUUAGUACAUGCAACUGUAAACAGCGGAGAAAAGGUGUUACGUAACACAAGAUCCGAUGGUAAAGACAAGAUCAAUACACAAUUAAAAGAACUUCAAAAUGAAUGGGACCGUCUUGUUAAGAAAAUGAAUACAGCUAAAGUUCACGUCGAGACUGCAAUGCUCCAAUGGGCUGACUACAGUUCCAGCUAUUCUCAACUGCAGCAAUGGAUUUCCGACAGGGAAGCUAAAUUACAAGAAGUGUGUGAGCAAAAAGUCGCCAAGUCCAAGAAAGGCCAAGACCGUCUUGCAGGUCUUACGGCUGGGCUUAGUAUCGGCGAAAGAAAAGCCACGCUUCGUCAAACAAACAAUAUUGUUCAAGAUAUCGUUUCGUUUGAGCCCAUGAUUCAGUCCGUAACUUCUAAGGCUUCAGAACUUAUGCAACAAGCUCCGGCGUCUGAGAUAACCAGCAAGUAUGAAACGCUUACCAAACAAGCUAAAGACUUAUAUGAAAAACAAAAAGAAACUGUCGAACAACAUCAAGCUUUUAUCGAUGCUGGUACAGACUUUGUCCAAUGGAUUAGAGCUGCCAAGGAAAGGCUAGGAAAGUGUUCUGAUGCUACCGGAGACAAGGAAUCAUUAAGCAGCAAGAUAUCACAACUCAAAGUUUUGGAAAGCGAGCUGCCUGAAGGCCAGGCAAAACUGCAGAAAGCUCUAGAGCAGGGUGAAAUAUCUUGUGGGCUAGCUGACGAUGAAGACAGGGAGGAUAUAGAAGAAGAAGUGGCGCUAAUGCAGGAAGAAUACGAUACAUAUGUUGAACAGCUAAAUAAUACUAAAGCAUUAAUAGAAGGAGGUAUCGUAAAAUGGACAGAAUACGAAGAGCAGUACAAGGAAGCCUUAGACUGGUUGUCGAAGACUGAGAAAUUAGUACAAUCGUUCAAUAAACUGCAGAACAGCCUGGAACAGAAGAAAGUUGUUCUUGAAGAGUUCCAGGGGCACCUUCAAACACUAUUCGACUGGCAAAUUGAGUUGGAUAAGUUGAACGUGCGCGCUCAAACCUUGUUGGAAACGUGUUCCGACACUAGGGUCUCCAAUGGCAUCACCCAGCUUACCACCAAGUACAACGCCUUACUCUCACUUGCAAAGGAAGUGAUGAAGCGACUUGAAGUACAUUACCAGGAACAUCAACAACAUAAUGCGCUUUAUGGUGAAUGUCAAGAUUGGCUAGACAGAACCAGAGAAAAACUGAACCAAUGCGCUGAAAUACCGCACACGUUGAGUGAGGUUAACAGCAAACUUAACACUGUAAAACUUUUACGCCAGUCUCUGGAACAAGGUCAAAACAAGUUGAGGUACCUUCUUGAGUUAAAAGAGAAAGUCACGAUGAACACUGAACAGGCUGGUGCGGCCAAGAUUCAAGAAGAUACCGACAAUUUGAAACAAGAAUUUGAUAAGCUUAUUAAUGAUCUUCAAGAUGUGAGGAACAAGUUGACAAGCAGAGCUGCCCAGUUUGAUGAUAUAUCCAAGAUUCACAAGUUACUAGUAGAAUGGCUGGACGAUAUUGACCACAAAAUACAAUCUGAUGAUUCACUUCUCAAUGAUUUGUCAGAAAAGAAAGCAAAACUAGAAAAAUUCAAGACAUUCAACCGAGACAUCGAGUCUCAUAGCGAUUUGGUGAAGAGGUUGAAAGAAAAGCUGCAAGAAGAUGCGUCUCUGAAAUCCAAAGAGAUCGACGAUACUUUAAAGCGUUACGAAGAUAUAAAGAAGACAGUUAACGAUAUGAUUUCUAAAUUGGACGACUACGUCAACUCCCACAUUCAAUACAAAGAGUCAUACGACAACUUCUACGAUUGGAUACGUAAUUGCAAAAUGGAAAUUCAGCAAUGCUCUGACUCUCACGGAGAAAAGGAAGAAGUACAGAAGAAACUCCAAAACGUUAACAAAAUCAUCGGAUCCUUACCUAAAGGGGAAGCCCUUCUCAAGAAAGCAGUCGAACUUAGUGAUGCUGUACUGAAAACUACUGGAAAUGAAGGCAAAGAUAACAUCAAUCAGGAAAUUAAACAAUUAAAGAUCGAAUGGGAGAACUUGCAGCAGAUUUGUAAAGACACUAAGAAGUUACUGGAAAAGUGUCUCUCUGCGUGGUCAGAUUACUUGGAGACUUCCGAUAAGAUGAGCAAGUGGGUGAAAGAGUUCGAUGAUAAACUUAAAUCAGUUCAAAAGAUUGACAAGAUCACUCCUGAACAUCUUGAUAAGUGCCGAGAACUUCUGGCAGAAGCAUUAGGACAUAAACAUGUUUUGGAAGAACUUAACGACAGAUGCGAAAAUCUCAUGGAGCUCAGCGCAUGCGCUUGGGUUCGUGACAAGACCGUAAACCUGCAGACUGAGUACACCACUUUGUUGACCAAAAUACAAAGUCUAGUUUCAAAUGGCGAGAAGAACUUGUCAGACCAUACAGAAUUCAUUAAAGCUAAAGACGAAUUACAGCAGUGGUUGGAAACUGCACAUGGAACCGUACAUGAUUCUAUUGGUGUGGGUGACAUCGAUACCACUAAAGAUAAAUUGGAAACUGUCAAACUUGUAAAUAACCGUAUGACUGAAGGGCACCAUCUCCUAGUUGUGUUACAAGAAGCAUUCAAGAAAGCGCUGAACAACACCCCACCUGAAGAACAAGACGGUCUCCGCAAUGACGUCAAAGUUCUGCAAGAGAGCUGGGAUCAGUUAAAGAUAGAUUUGAACUCUAUCACGGCUCAGCUUAAGGCUGCUAUUGGCAAAUGGGAGGACUUCGAGGAAUCCAAGAACAAAAUGAAUCAAUGGAUUAAUGAAACUCAGCAAAACUUAGAUAAAGUUCCGCCUACUGGUGGCGAGCUUGGUGAAAUGAAGACUUUGCUAGAAAAAUACAAGCAUAUCGAGGAUGAAAUCAAUAACAAGAAGCCCGAACUUGAAAGAUUAAAGAGUGAAGCUGCAGAACUAAGCAGCUGGGCUAAGAAACCUGCAGCUAAAGAAUCUGUCAUCGAGCUGGAGAAAAAGUGCAACGCUUUGAAAGCCAAAUGCGCAGCACGCAAGGCAGAAUUGGAAGCUGAAGUUAAGGACUAUAAUCAGUAUCAUCAAUCACUGCAAGACACGGAAAAAUGGUUGCUGCAGAUUUCAUUCCAACUGAUGGCACAUAACUCCUUAUACAUCGCGAAUCGGGAGCAAACGGAGGAACAGCUAGCCCAGCAUGCUGUACUGUUAGACGACAUCCAAAAGUAUCGCACGACGCUUGACGAUUUAGAAAGCAAAGGACGUGCUCAAAUCGAGCGUUAUGAAGCUAGCACUCCUAAUAUUCGUGAUACUGUUGGAAAACAGUUGAAAAACGUGAAUGACAGUCAUAAGUCACUGCUGGCAACCGCUUUGCAGAUCGAGCGUCGUCUUAGAGAAGGUCUCGCUAAAUUUAAGGAAUAUGAAGACACUUUGGAAAGUAUUCUAAAUAAUUUGGACGAGUGUGAACCAGCUAUUACAGAAUUGGAUGUGCCUGUCGAUGGACUGUCCCAUGGCCGUGAUCUACUGGAUAAAGCUAGGGCUCUGCACAACCGCCUCCAGACGGAGAAGAGCCGGCUGUCGGCGGCCGUGGCCGCUUGCUCGGCGGCGGCGGCGUCCGUGUCGCGGCCGUCGUCGCCCGCCGACUCGGCGCCGCUGCCCAUCCCGCCGCGCGAGCUGCACGUGCGCGCAAGACUCGAAGACCUAAUCGACCAGACUCAGGUGGCCGAUCUAUCCGCGCCGAAUCGUAUCGAUGAAUUACUUAAGAAUGUAGAAGAGCCGGAGUUCGCAGAAAAGCUUGUGGCUUUCGAACAAAAGGUACAAAGCCACCUCGAGACGUUGGGCGAUGCCGUCCAAGGCAUGGAGGAAGCCAUGAAGCAGGUGCUCGAGAUCCAAGAAUGGAUAAAUGUGCAUAAUGCGCUGGCCCGCGAUUGGCUGGCCAACCCGUCCAAGCUCCGCCCCGAGGCUGCCAAGCAGGACAUGGCGGCGAUGAACGAUGCGCUGGCGUCGUUGAGCGAGAAGAGAAACAGGCUGUUCACUGAAAUACCAACUGAAGGUUUGGAAGAUGAAAUUAAUCUAGAAGAAGAACUAGACGAACUAGAAGACGCGAUUCUUAAAGCCAUUGCAAGGGAAAAGGACAAUCAGGGCAUUAUUGACGAUUACCGCACCAAAUGCCAGGAAAUCCACGACUGGUUCGACUCGGUGCUUAAGAAAAUGUGCUUAGCAGACAAAGGUUCCGGCCUCCCCUGUCCUCAGAAGUUAAGCGGUUUGAAGGAACUUGCAGCCGAGUUUGAAAAGUCAGGGAAGGAAAAGGUCGAUGGUAUCAAAGCGGUCGGUUCACAAGUUAUCAACAUUGUUAGUAAUCUGGAAAGCCAACAAGUUGAGGAGCAGAUGAAGUCUGUUGAAAGAAGAUACAAUGACAUCGCCAAACGCAUUCAACGUAAGCUCCAAAUGCUCGAAAUUACAUACAAGGCUAUCGACGGCACUAAGACUGAAGUAAACGCACAAAAUGAUUGGAUGCAAAAGGAGAUUGACAAUAUGUUACAUCCAGAACCAUUGGGAUAUGAAAGUAAAUCUGUCAAAGAAAGACAAAAGAAGGUUGCCAAUUUAUUGAAAGAGGCCGAUGGUAAAAAGACGAUAAUCGAUUCUUUAGAAAAGAAGGUAAGCAACAUUCAGUCUGAUCUGGAACCAUCCGAACAGACACAACUAGAAUCAGAAUUGGCUGAACUAUCUUCCAAGCAGAAACAACUAGCAACACUUAUUAAACAAGAAAUAGAAAGGCUAGGUCCAUGCCACGAAGAUAGAAGAAAACUUGAAAACGAUAUAGAAAAAGCUAAAAAUUGGCUUAAGGCUAAACUUGCAGAGAUAAAGAAACUUGGUGGUCCAGUACCACUUGAAACAGCUAAGGUAGAAAAAGAGAUUGCUGUUCAUAAAAAACAUCAAGGGGAGUUGUCUGAUUUCAACAAUGACACACUGAGUGAAGUCAUACGUCAAGGCAAUGCCGUAUCCAAAGACUGUUCUCCCGAAGAUCGUGCUAAAUUACAAGCAAUUUUAGAUGACUUGAAUAAAUCAUACACAUCUGCUAAGAUAGACAUUGACGAUAAAUUAGCAGCAUUAAACAAACUUAUGCAUGGUAGAAACGACUUUGAAUCUGAAUUGGCUAAAUGUCAAAGCUGGCUGAAUGAGGCAGAAGUAGCAGCAACUCCUGAACUUAGAACUUCAAGUCUACAACUAUUAGAAGAGCAAUUAGCCAAGUUCGACAAACUCAGUAAAGAAGCAGAAGAUGUUGAAAAGAAUAUUGGAAAGAUCAAGGAUAAAUCUAAGGCUAUUUUGGACACUCUAUCAGACUCAAAUAAAUUACAACUAAAAGAACAAGUAAACGUGUUGUCAGAUAGAUUUGCCAGAAUUAAUGCUAUAAUUAAUGACAAAAAGAAUAUUCUACACAAACAUAUCAAAGAUUACAAAGAUAUUGCUGCUAAGAUUGCUGCAGCUCUGGAAUUCUUGGCUGAAAUCCAGAACAAACUUAAAGCUUUAAACAAACCAAUUGGAAGCAAAGUUGAAGAUGUUCAACCAAUUAUCCAAGCCUAUGAGUCAAUCUUAGGUGAUCUCAAAAAGAAUAAGGCAAUGUUGAAUGAGUUACAAGGUGGUAAUCUACACGACCUACAGGACAUUUUAACUCAACAAGAUGAUCUGAUGGGCACUAUUGAAGAUCAAAUAUCAAAACUAAAAGUUCUUUUACUGUUACGAGAACAAUUCUUUGCCCUUAUCAAAGAAAUUAAUGAGUUUAUUGCCAAGUAUACUGAUCUCACAUCUGAAAUCGAAAGAUCAAAUGAUUCUUUGGAAGACAAGAUCAAACGAUAUGACGAUAUCAUUGUAAAGAUUCAAGGAUGUGAAGCUUUGUUAGCAACAGCAACUGAUAAAGGUCAACAAAUUGCUGCUGAAGGCACUGUUAUUGAUAGAAAUAAUAUUACAGAACUCUUGCAGUCUCUCAAACAACAGUUGCUGACUUUGAGGAGGAAUGUAGAAUCGAAGCGCCAAGAACAUGAAAGAGCAGCCGCCGAACACAAGAAACUGGCAUCUGAUCUGUCUGAUAUUUUAGAGUGGCUUCACGACAACGAAGCCGCUGUGCAUUCACGACCUCUACUUAACAGAGACGUGGCCAGUGUAGACAAAAAACUUGCAGAACACGUCACUCUAGCAAAGAGUAUCCAAACUUACCUGGACAAGCUCACUAAAAUUACUGACAUCAUCAAAACCGACGACGGCGUCCCCGGUUCAUUAUUAGAUAUGGUAUCAGAAGCAAACUCUUUGAAAACAUCGUUACCUGCUGAGUUGACCAACCGUGAGAAAUAUCUUCAAGAUAACAAGAAAUAUAGGCAACAAUAUUUACAAUUGGUCGAGAAAUUAAACAUCUGGAUAAACGAAGCAGCUAUUCGUCUAGAUAUGGGCAAAAACGGCACCGAUUUCGAGAAUAUUGAAUCAGAUUUAGAAGAACACAAGUCAUUCUUUAACGCUUCGGAGCCGGAAAUGAAAGACUUAAUUGGAAAACGUAUGCAAGACAUUGUCGACAAAAUCUGGCCGUCCUUGGCGGCGGCGGAACAAGAAGAGCUAUCUAAAGAACACCAAAAACACAAUCAACUAUUGAAGAAUACUCUGAACUCCGCUAAGAGUCGACAGGCUCAGUUAGAGCAGGACUUGGAGAUUUGGAAGGACUUCUGUCAAUUAGUGGAUAAAAUCAAGGCAAUGUUGGAUAAGAACGAUAUUAAGGACGAAGCGGUGACAACGGUGGACGCGCUGAGACUUCAUCUUGAAAAGCUGAAUCACGCCAGAAAUGAUCUUGAGAACCAGCAGCCGCUCUUGGACGUGGUCCGGGAGCGGGCGCGCGAGCUCUGCUCGGGCGCGGACGCCGCCAGCGGCGAGCGCGUCGAACAGCGCACGCGCGAACUCGCAGACCGGUGGAACGUCUCCUGUGAAGGUCUCGCUAAGCGCGCUGCGACAGCUGAGAACCAGCUCCAACGCUGGAGUCAGCUGUUGGAAGUGCAGCGGAGCUUGGCAGCGGGCGUCACCGCGGCAUCCGACCGGCUGCGCCAGCUCGACUUGAGCCCCAGCACGAGGCGGAAGGCUGUGGACACGAGACAUGCGUUACAGGAGCUACAAAGCGAAGUGGCAGGCCUCGAGGACACGCGGGACGAGCUACUGGAACACGCGGACUUUGUCGUGGCGCUGCUGAAGCCACACUCGGAGGAGGCGGCCGAGGAGACCGACACAUCUGUCAAGCAGCUCGUUGAUACUUAUGAGAAAUUGCGACAGACUCUAGCGGCGAAGCUCGCCGAAAUCGACGAAGUAGUGUCCGAAUUCGACCGCGUGUCCGAGAAGAUAGACGCCUUCCGACAGCGAAUAGAAGUGUGCAUCGCGAAGGUCAAGACUUUCUACGCGUUUGGAGAAGACGACGAGAGCGGCCUCCGUUCUCUGACCAAGGAAGUCUCCGAUCUCGCGGAGGCCACGAAGAAGUUUACGGACGAGAGCAGAAAGCGUUACGGCGGCUCCGCUCCUGCGGACGUUUCGCAGGAGCUGUCUUCUCUCGAGCUGUCUGCGGAAGCGCUGACUGCGGCCAUGGAGGAGAAGGAGCGGGAAUGGAAGCGCGCGCGCACGGCGCGCUCCGAGUACACGGCUGACGUCGAAGACGUCCAGGCCUGGGUCCGCGCCGCGGAGCUCACGGCUCGCGACCGCGCGCUGCCGCCCGAGCCCUACCGUGAGCGCCUGGUAGCCACUCGCGCCGAAGUGCCAAGCGUCACUGACCGUAUGGAGCGGCUGACGCGCAAUGCGCGGGCCAUCGUAGAGGGUUCUCGCGACGCCGCCGAACGGCAGCUGGUGUCGUCGACGGUGAGCGCGCUGGCCGAGCAGCUGGCGGCGGUCACCAGUGAGCUGGAGGCGCGACAGGCGGCGGUCGAGGACGCUUGCGACGCGGUGGCCCGCGUCCUGGCGCUACUCGAGCGCGUCCUGCUCUGGGUCGAGACGCAGCGCGCCUUCCUCGCGCGCCCGCUGCCUCUCGCUGACCUCGCUGAGGCUCAACAAAAACAGACUGAAUAUGGAAAUGCACUCAAGAGUUGUAAGCAGCAAACAAAGAAUUUAGCAGAGAUGACUAAGGAAAUAGAAGCCAUUGAACGCGUCACGAGUUCAGGGGAUUUGCCCGGUAGACUUGAAGCGGCGGAAAAUGCAACCAUAGACGUUGAAAAGCGAUUAGCAAAGACCAAUGGUUUAUUACAAGAACUUGCGGAAGAAUGGGAGAGAUGCGAAAAGAAGCUUAAAGAUGUCGGCCACUGGUUGGAAGCUACGACGCGAGCGCUCGAAGCGCCACAGAAUGCUAAGAAACCCCUGAGGGACCGGCUGGCACUCAGAGAGAAACUUAUAAACGACAUCUCCACACAGAAAACGAAGAUUUCGUACGCCGUUGAGAAACUCAACGUACACUUCGGGCCGGACGGCGUGGCGGCGCAGUCGGCGGGCCCGGAGGGCGUGACGGAGGCGGCGCGCGCGCUCAACGGCUCCCUGGACGCGCUGGGCGCCAGCACCGGCUCGCAGGCGGCGGCGCUGUCCGCGGCCUUGCAGCAGGUGGAGGCGUACUGCGCCGACGUGGCGCGCCUGCGCGCGCAACUGCUCGAUGCCGAGCAGCAGCUGCGGCAUGCGGCGCAGCCGAACUACAGCCCACGCGACCCCGAGCGCGCGCAGAGACAACAACAGGAGGUCACCCGGCGUAUCGAUGAGCUGACUCGGGCUAUCUACGGCCUGGACCCGUACUUCGUGAUGUCCGCGACGCCCGCGGACGAGGCGGCGCGCACGCUGGCCGCGCUCGUGGCCACCGCCGACUGCGCCCGGGCGCGGCGCGCGCGCUCGCCCGACCGCCGCGCCCGCCCGCUGGCCGUGCCCGAGCCGCCCCGCGGCCGCAGCCCCGCCUGGGUGCUCGGAGGGACCACCUACGCUGAGAUAGUCCGCGGACAGGGCUCCAGAUCCAGCUCCGUCUGUUCCCAGAGAUACCCGAGCACCCAGAGGCACUAUGAGAUCCUUAAUGUCGAAGAACCCCGCAUCGGUUCCUCCGCAUCUCACGGCGAAUACAGUGAAAUAAGUGCACGGUGUGAACAUACAGAAUACGAUAGUGCUCGGUCCAGUGAGACCCGCGUGUAUGAAUGUGAAAGUGAACCUGUUAGGGUAGAAAUUUGUCGGGACGAAUUUGUACCAUAUACUGAGGAGGACUUUCAUGUAAACAAAACUAUGGACUAUAAGGUUCAGGAACCGGUUCAUGUGGCACAGGUUGUGGAAACCGUGGAGGAACUGCCGGUGCCAUCUUUAGAAAUAAUUCGGCCUGACUAUCAGCAAAAGGAGCGCAGUCCUGAUAGUCGAAGUCAAUCUCAGGAGUUAUCUUAUGCGGAAAUUCUAGCUCUAGGAUUACGUAGACAACCUAAAACACAAACAAUUGUAUCUCUUCCGAAACCACAGGUCGCGCAAGUUGAUAUAGCAACAGAAGUUCCAAAAGAUGUGGAAACUCGGAUAAUCUAUAAAGACCGUACGGAUAAUUUGAAGUUAAAACCAGAGAAGCCAGAGCGACCGCAACGUAGCCGCUCCAGGGACCUGCCGAGACAAAGGCGAGCUCCCGAAAAAAGGCAGACUAAGGCUCUCGCAACUCAAGUGCAGAAAAAGAAAAAAGCUAGCAAAAAAGUAAGAGAAGUUGAUGACUUUGAUGACGCUGAUAACGACGACAUGCCAACCUCCGUUGAAAUUAAAGCAGAAAAACCAGAGACUUUAAGAAAAGAAGUCACUAAAAAAGUGCAACACAGCGCCACUGUUGUGGAAACUGUUACUGAAAUGGUUUUAACCGAAAUUGUGCAAGAAGAACCUAUUGAUAUUGAGCAUAAGAAAACAAAAAAGAAAAAGUCAAAGAAAUGCAAGACUGAUGAGGAUGAAAUUGAAAAAGCGCUAAAAGAAAUUGAAAGUCUUGAUAAGCACAAGAAAAAGAAAAUAAAGGAUAUUCAUGAAAAGACCGAACCUGAAUUUUCGUUUGAAAAUCAAGUUAGCAAGGACAAGACUCUUGAAAUCCAAGUUUUACCACAAGAGGGAGUGUCAGAAAAGUUCAAGUCUAAGAAAAAUAAGCACAGAGUUAUGGUCACAGAUUUUAUAACUAUAGAAUCAGAGAUUAAAGAAACAGAAACGAAAGAACCAGAACCAGUAAUGCAACAUCAAAAGAUAACUGAAACGCUAGAAAAGAAUAAAGUAGUAACGGACGUCUCAGACCAGCAAGUCAAGAAUGAUCCAGAAAACAAAAAGUCUAAAAAUAAAAAGAAGAAACUCAAAGAAGAAAAACACACUGAACAAUCACAGUUUGUUGACAAUGCUUCGCAUUUGGAAGAUAUAAAAAACAAAACUGAAACUGUAUCGAAGGAUGAUAGAUUUGAUACUAUUAAUAAAAGUGAUGUUAAAUACGAUAAGCCGACUAAAAUGUUGCACGGUGCAGAAACAUCAACAUUAGAAACAUCUAGUAACUUGGAAAUAACAUUAUUAACAACCGAAACAUCGCCAACUCCUGAGUUUGUAGGCAAUUCAGAAAUAAAAGAUAAAUUUAUAGAGCAAUCUUCUAUUAAUAAAACUAUACGCGACCAAGAAGAUAUGUCUGAAAAAGUUACUAAAACAAAGGUUACUGAAGUGGAAAUUCCCAAAGAGAAAUCUAAGAAAAAGAAAGACAAAAAAGGUAGUACUAAACCUCAAAAUCAAGUUCGAAACUUGACAGAAACGAAAACUGAUUUAGAAACACAUAUUGAAACAACUAUCCAAGAUAACACCCGAACCCAACCCGUGUCAAAUAUCCCUACACAAAUAGAUGAUCAUAUAUCUCAAAAUAAGACGGUUAAGAGUGAAUCUUCUGAAAUAGUAGACGAGUUUCUUGACAUAGGACAAGUUGAGAAGGAAAAGGGACAAACAGGACACGAUAAUAAAAUAUUCAUUCUAAACCGGGAGAGUCCAGAAACAUUUAUCAAUGAGGCCACUCUAAUUCAGCAAAGAGAAACAGAAUCAAAUCCUAUGUCAAAUAAAUCUGCCAAGGGUAAAGCCAAGUCUAAGAAGACAAAACAUUUAGAUAAUGACCCAGAAAAAGUUUCUGAAACAGAACAUUUAGACUUUUUGGAUGAAAUUGACAACACUGUGGAGAAACAAACUGCAAUCGGUAAAAAUCUUGCUAGCUCAGGUAUUAAAGGCAAAUCAAAGAGUAAAAGAUCUAAGCAAGUGGAAAAGCCGGCUGAGACUCAAGGUUUGAUAGAAAAGGAAGAUAAGCCCAUUGAGCAAACCGAUGAAGAGCAGUUCGAAGUAUUGAAGAGCCAUAAAAAGAAACCUAAAUCUAAAAAGCCGAAAGUAGUAGACGAUGAAAUAGAACGAGCCUUAAAAGAGAUUGAAGAGUCACAGGCAUCAAAGAAAAAAGAAAAGUACGCGGAAAAAAUACCGAAGAAAAAUCAACGUUCUGUAGAUAUUAUACACGAAGUAACAGAAGUAAAAGAAAACCUUAUUACAUUGGACUGGAAUACACUGAUGGCUGAGGAAGAAUCAGUUCCUCUAGAAAUUAUCAAACAGCCAGAAAUACUAGAAACAACUCAACAGGUAGCCACUGAAGUGACUAUACUUGAAUCUAACGCCAUAUUGAGUGAAGAUUUAAAAAAUAUUUCUAGAGAUAUUAUACAUGAUGUUAGUUCUGAAAGUACUUCUAACGAUACGAAGUUAACCAAAGAUUCGGUUAUUACUAAAGUUGACAUUAAAAAUAAAGAACAAGGAACAGCAUCAAGUCCUGCCAGCGAACAAAAUAAUAACGAUAAAAAUUUCAAUACAGAAUCCCUUAAAGAUACUGUAUUGGUUGAAGAAACUACUAUCGAACCAGUCAUUGAAGACGUAAAGACUAGAACGAUAUACCUUAUAACUCACGAAGAAAAGAAACUACCUCCCAUCAGGACAGUCAAAGUGUUUAGCAGUAAAAGCAAUUCUUUGGAAGAAUCGGAAAAUAUUGAAGAAUCAACUGCAAGUGCAAUCACUCAUGCAACGUCUUCCACUAAUCAAGAUAAUUAUGAUAAAAUCACUACUGAAGAGGAGAGAGCUGACAAAAAAGGACUAGUAGGGCAAGAUGUCCAUGAAUUAAGUAUAACGCAAGAUAGAGUCGAUGUUGUCGUCAGUAACGUAACACGCACUUUUACACAAGCCACAGCGGAAAAUAUUGACACACACACUAUUUCUAAAGAGAUUGACGAUUCUUCCGUAAAGACAUUUAAAGAACCUGACUCUUCUGAUAUCGAUAAUAGUAACAGCAGUGUAGAUAUUUUGAAAUAUGACUUCCAAAAACCCCAUCUAGAAGAAUUUGAUAAAUUGCUACCUUCCGGUCAUGUACCAGAAACUUCAGCCAGUUCGAUUUCAAAAACAGAGGUCAUAACUGUUUCUGAAUUUCAAACUAACGUCAAAUGCGAAAAAACCAACAUGGCCGACUACAAAGAGCUACAUGAAGCUGAAACUAUAGAAACGGGACACGAGAUAACCGUUUCUGAAGUAGCAGCGGAAGAUCAAAAUACAAAUGAGGUCGAAGAAGCCAUAUUUGGUUCGGUAAAACACCGUAAUAAAAAUGUUAAAAAAGAAUCUCAAAACUCUUCAAUUCCUUAUGAGGCACUUGAAGAGAUCAAAACCUAUUCAUUAGAGUUAGAUUUUGAUCAGAUAGAUUAUAAUUAUUAUCAGUAUGUACUUAAAGAACGUGAAGAUAAAGAAAAAUUGACUGAAGUUAAUUUAUUGACUGCACUAGAAGUGGUCAGGAACAUAGUACCAAAAGAAUCACGCAAAUCGGCUGAAACUACAGAAGUCCUGCGUCCGCUUAGCGAAGAAAGUCCUAAAUCGGCUGAAACUACAGAAGUCCUGCUUCCGCUCAGCGAAGAAACUCCUAAGUAUAGUUAUCAUGAGAUUAAUGCUGCCGAAGCCUUGCUUGCUUCCCUCCCAACUGGAACAACUCUGCAAACUAUACCAACUACAGAAAACAAGACCGUUACUGAACCUGAAAAUGAAACAUUAUUCAAUUUACAAACGGUUGCUGAACCUACUGUUCCAACUGGUAGUAACGAAAUUACAAGUAUUGAAAACUUAGGUACUCGAGAACCGCAUCCGCAUGUGGAUGCUCUUAAGUACCUUAGUCACGAAGAGCGUCCGCAAAGUUAUCACGAACUUGUGGAUGCGGAAAGUAUAUAUGCUAUGACUAAAGAAUGGCGUCAAUCUCCUGCUGACCAGGUAACCUUCGAAGAAUUGCCUAAGCAUCCCCCUGAUGUUGAUAUAUUCGAAAAAUUGACGUCUGAAGCCCAGUCUACAAACGUAUCAAUUAAAAAAGACGCCAAAGAACUGACCCCGAGUUUAAUGAAUAUAGUAUGUGAACAAAUACGGCACAACUACCAUGAAAUUAAAGACGCUGAAUAUUUAUUAGCUGUCGCAAAGACUGUUGAAUAUGAUCAACAAGUGGCGUCUACUAAUAAUGUGGAAUCCAUCAAAAUACAAGAUUCAACAAGUGAUAAAGAACUCACCGAAACAUCUUCAGAAGCAGACAAAUAUAUUAAUGCUGAAAUUUCAGAAACAAGUUUAGAGCAUGUUCAAUCUGUGCCUGUGACCAAUGGACUGAAAGAAAUAACCACUGUGACCAACAGUCAAAUAAAUAUAAAUAAAUUACGUUUCCAUGAAUUGCCUAGAUUUAAUUAUCAAGACAUUUAUGACGCAGAAAAAUUAUAUGCGAUUGUAACAAGCCGUUGUCAUGAAGAAAUCACUGGAUCAGAUAUAAUUCAAUCGCAGGAAUGUAUUCACGUUAACACACAGACGUCGGACGAGAUAAUCCCAAAUACGGAUAAACGUUAUAUAAUAUUAAAAGAAAAAGAUUGUGUAAAAGAAAAAGAAAUCAAAGCCGAUCAAAAAAUAAAUGAAGUUACCAAUUUGACUGCCGACGCAAUUGAAAAUUCUGCCAAAGAUACAGAACCUAGACCUGCGGGCAGCUUGGGUUUGGUUUUAGAAGCAUUGCGAUAUAGUUAUCAUGAAAUUCAAGAUGCAGAACAGAAGCUGGCUGUUCUUAUCACUGAAAAAGAAAAAAAUCAAGCGGAAAUCAUGAAUGAUGAUAGCAGUAUGCAAACAAUUGAAAUUCAAGGUGAAAAAAUAAAUAAGAAAGAUCUUUUUAGAGCCGAGUCAAAGGCUGCAGAACCUCAAAGCUCUACCUCUACAAUAUCAGAUCCUACCGAGUCUUGUAUUCCAAAUAAAGAUGCACCAUUUGAUAAAAAUGAUGAAGAAAAGCAAUUCGACUAUGUAAUACCUGAAGAAGAACUGAAGCAUACCUUAGUUUCUAUGAUAUUUAAGGAUAAAACAUUUGUUGAAAAUUCUUUGAAAGCGGCAGAAGCGAUGAAAGUUGUUGUCAUUGAACCGAAUUUAUCCUCUGAUGAAGGUGUUUCUCAAACGACUAUCGAACGUGAUACCAGAUCAAGCGACGUGGCUGAAAAAGGAGAUUCUUGCAUUGCAGAUGAGGAAAUAGAUGAUGAAUUAGAUUUCGUCAUAGUAAGCACCAACGACGUCAUCCAAGAAAAAUCUUUAGAUUCAACAAUUGACAUUAUUCACACUCAUACCAUUAAUGAACCAGUGUGCGCCAGUAUUUCAGAAAUCGGUACUAUUGUAACAUCCGACCCGAGUGAGAAACCUGCCGAAAAACUAUCGUUAGAACAUGUACCUACGAUAACCGAAGAAGGCUAUCUGGAACUCGUAAAUACACCAUCGUGCACGUUUAACGAUUCUCGUGAGUUUAUUCAACGUGAAAUACAAUCAGCCUUUGAUGUUGCAACUAAAUCUGAUACGCAAUCUGUUACUACGGACCAAAGUGUUCUCAAAUCUAACGAUUCAGACGUUUCUAUUCAAUUAGAACAAAAUAUUAUAUCACAUAAGGAUACUGACAUUAAAUCCGUUACUCCGGAACUAAGUGAUUUCGUUAAUGUAACAAAAUCUAAAUCAGCUACUGAACAAAUAGUUUUACCACGUCCUGAUUCCGAAAUUAGAACUGAAGUGAAAUCUCCCAUUCAUAGCUUGCAAGAUUUACUCCCUUCUAUAGACUCUAUUCCCGAAUUUAAACCUUCAUAUCCCGUAGUCAUUUCAAACUUAUCAGCUGAUGCUCCUGAGUUUACCCCUUCUUACAUGUACAAAUCUGUGGAAUCAUCGUCAGAAAUAAUAACUCCUUUUGGUAUUGACCAACAAAAACAAUUUCCGGAAUUACAUGGAAUUAAAGAAAUGUCAUUUACUCCUGAAACUGACACUGAAAUGAAAACUUCUUAUUCAACCAUUUUACAAAGUAAGAAGGAAAAAGAAUCUCUGUCGGGAAGGGACAUUUCAGACCCUGCCGAAAAGCCAUUUAUGGAAAUUCCGAAUGAGACUGAUAAAGUAACGGAAGAAGACACGCAAGCUAUAUCUAAACGACACAAAAAGAAGAAAAAGAAGGAAGAUAAGCGAGAAAAAAUCGUUGAACAGCCUACGAAUUUUAGUACCGAAUCUAAAGAUGCUGAACCAAAAUCUGCUGUUACUGAGCCAAUAAAUGUUUGGGCUAAAAGCAGUGAGGAUGGCAAAUCAUAUGCUGAAGUAGUGGCAGAAGGGUUGCAUGAAAAUAUUGACAGUAAUUUGACUAAACAACAAGAAUCACAGCUUAUAUACGAAUAUCAUGUAAAGAAUGACGUGAAAUCCGGCGCACAAGAUGAAGUUAAAAUUACACCGGAAAAACAGAUGGUAGACUCUAAUGAAAGUACUUGGGCAAAAAUAGUUGCAAUCCAUCAUUCUUCUCCUGAAAGAGUCGAAGAAGUACCUGAAAAAGAAACUUUCAAAGAAAUUCCUGUACAAAAACCACCACUGAUAUUAGUAGACGAAAGUAGAUCCGAAUAUAAACCUGAAGCACCUGUUGAUACAGAAGGUUUUAUCAUUGUUGAGAAAAGGAGCCGCUCUAGGUCUAGAUCAAGAGAUAACCGGUCUCGAUCAAAAUCAAAUGUUACACUUUCGUAUGAAAAACGUGAAAAAUCGGAAAAUAGGUUUGAAGCUCUACCCAUUCUGAAACCAAUAGAACCAAUGGUCACUAGUCCUAACGAAGAAGAAAAGACGAUUGUGGAAAAGGAUGAAGAUAAAAAAACAUUGAUGAAGGUUGAAAAAACAAAGAAAAAUAGAAGUCGGUCAGGAAAGUCUAAAGAAAAAGAAAUUAAUUUGCAAUCUCCAGUAACUGACGUCAUUCAUACAUAUGAAGAAGAUGAACAGCCAAAGAAAGAUAAAAAGAAAAGAUCAACUAAAUCCAAAGAUACUGUAAGAUCAGAAGACAUAUCUAAACCUAAAGAAGAAGUCCAUGCAACAUAUAUAGAGCCUAAAACUGAAACAGAAGUAAAAUCACCUCAAUUAGAAGAAAUUGACGAUAAAAAGAAAAAUAAGAAAAAGAAAAAAGAUAAACGGUCUUCACCUCUUAGGGAAAGCAUUAAAUUAAAACCUUUAGAGGAAAUAAAGGUGGAAGAAAUACCAAAACGCAUCGUUGAUAAGUUAGUUACUCAAACUUCAGCUUCCAGUCCCGAAUCUAUGCACACGCCUAUCAAAGACAGGUUUUAUAAUGAAGCUCAAUACUGGAAAAAUGACCCAAGCGGUAUAGAGGAAGUUCUUACCGUAGAACUAAGUCCAACAAAGGAAAUAACUUCUAUUACUACUGAAACUAAAGACAUCCAAUCUGUUAAUACUCCUAUAUGUAUUGAAAAAACUGGAACGGACAUUAUACAAAAGUAUAAAACUGAGCAGACAAAAAUGAGCGUCGAAACUAGCAGGGCAGAGACAAAAUUAACGGAAGAGUUGUCGCUUGAAAGUAAAAUGGCUGACUUGCAAAGAGAAAUUGAAGAAAUGCUAGAACCUGAAGACUCUUCUUUAGUGAGCGAUAACACGCCAAAAGAAUUAAUUAGCUCGGCUAGUUCAGAAUCUCAAAAUGAUGUUAUAGAUAACAUUACCCCUUUAUUAGCGUCUCCUGAAUCUGAGGCUGAGAUUGCAAUUACUGAAGAGGAGCCACUCCCAACUGCUAAAAAUACAAAAUCUAAAGAAGAAGUAACACUUGGUGAUAAGCAUAUAAGCGUCAGCAUGAUCGAUGCAUUGCUAGAAGACGAACCAGUAAAUAUAGAGCAUCAACAGGAUGAAAUAAAAACGAUUAGUAGUAAAUUUAUAGUCCAUAAGGAAUUUGAACAAGAUAAAGAGAAGGAAAAAGAAGGUGAACCAAUCGAUGAACUUAAAAGUAUGACUGUGGAGCAGACUGUUAAAGAUAAUGUCGACAAUAGCGUAUCGGCUGAAAUGUUUGAAAAACCGUUAGAAGCUGUAGAAAUAACAGACCUUUCUAACCCUGCUCAUGAUGUCAUUACUAACUUAUCUAAUAUAAAAGUAGACAAUUUCUGGGUGGAUAAAUCUGCGAUAGAUGACGCUGAACAUCUCCAUAUCGAACAGAAUCAAAUUGAAACUCCAGAAGUUGUCUCACUUAAUAAAACGAAACGCGAUAGCCUAGAAGAAAACAUCGUUAUUGAUAAUUCGUUUUGGAUCGAAAAACCUAUGUACCAUGACGCGGAAUGCCAAUAUUUUCUAUCAAUUGCUAAGAAAACAAAAACACUUCCUACUUCCAAAGUAGAAAUACAAUCAAAUGAUCAAAACGAUAAAGAUAAGGAUCCUAGCGGCAGCUCGGGCCAUACGUCCGACGCGGACGAGACUAAAGACCCUUGUGGUUCACCUUUUGAUUCGAACUAUAUUUCAAUGGAUUUGCCCGGCGGAAUAUGCAGUUGGAAAGACCAAAGUUCAUACUUGAGCGUAGAAACGCCAAUAGACUCUCUUUGUAGCGAUGACCGGUUAGGCGAUAUCCGAGAGGAUAUACUAACAGCCCUACCCUUACAACCAGUUCCUCCCCCACCCUCACAGGAGCCGGCGGCAGAGGCAGCCCGGAGGACACCUAAGGAUGACUUGUCUAAUGAUAUAGAAAGUCUACUAGAAGAAGUAAAGAAUGUACAAGCCCGCCUCUCGGAUCUGCCCGAUGAAAGUCUCGGAGCCAUGGAGGAAGGUCUGAGGGAGGGCAUUUCCGUUCUCAGCAAGUGUGAUGAGGCGGCGGAACUGCUGGAGAGUAAAAUGAUGGAGUAUCGCCAAGAGGCAGAGAUCCACAGCCUGAGCCGUGAAGUGGUAGUCAUCAGGGCCAGGAUAUCCAAAUUGCUGCUUCAGGCGAGACAAGGACUUGAUAUCAUCAAGGUAAGAAAGGACGCUAAAGUAGAGGUGGCCCGUCAAGCCAAGGAAAUGGAAGACCAGAAAGUAAAGAUUGUUCAACUGGACAAAUGGCUUGAAAGCAUAGACCAUGAACUGAAGGAGUCUACUAAGCAGUCCGAAAUAUUAACUGAAGAAGAUAUUAUAAGAUAUAUUGAAAUCUAUGAAAAAUACAUUAGGGAAUAUGAAGAGUAUGAAGUUAUAUUAAAGUCUAUUACUAUAAUUGGUGUUGAUAAAUCUAGUCAAUCGUUGAAUGAAAAACUUAAAGCUACGCAACAAUCGUUAGUGGAAACGAAGAAUCUAGUCAUUGUAGAGAUAGAACGGUUAAGACAGGUAUUGCUACAGAUGAGGUCUGUGGCGGAGGUGGUAGAAGAGGAUAUAUCUCAAACGGAUAGGACGAUCGACUCAACAUCUAUGCCUGAAGAAAUUGUUUCCCCUAGAGAAAGCGAAAUUGUUAAAGAAGUUUCAACAGUAAAAGAAAUACCUACAGAAAAUGUCCCAAGUGAGAAGUCUAGUGAAAAGAAAUCUAGUAAAAAGGAGUCUACUAAAAAAGGAGAGAAAGAGAAAGUCGUAGUAACAGAAGAAAAACCAACUCACACGAUUGAGACCCAAACGGGGCAAAGUCUCAGAUCGGAAUCCCCGUCUGUUACAGAUAAAUCCAUCAUGUGUGAGCCAGAAAAGAAAACGACACAGGAUGCCUCCAUUACCUGUGCCCCACCAAUGGACGUUGAAAUCCAAACAAGUGAGCCAGUCUCAGAAAACAGAGAAAUCCUAGAGAAUAUUCAAGUAAGGCAAACUAUUACUGGUGGCCAUGAAAUAUUUGAAAUCGCCACUCGCCCUGUUGCUAGAAACCAGCAAAUUGAUGAGCAAGCAUUGCUUGUCGACGUUAAUUACAAAGAUGAUAGUCAAGGUAAAGAUUCACAUCUAAAUAUAACACACAGCUUACCCCAGUCAUUUGAAACUGUCAUGGUCGAACCUGACGAAACGACGACUGAGGUAGUUGUUGACGCAGAUGGUACUAAGAGAAUUAUUGUGAAAAAAGUGAGAAAGACUUUAGUAACCCGCCAACAAUUGGUUCAGAGCCGCCGUCAAACCACACAAAUGAUCUCAGAUGGUACCCAAGAGCAAUCAUUUUCACAAAUAACUUUGAAAGAAGAUAAAGGAUCUAGUUCAACAAUGCUAGGAGAUGGUGGCGUUCAUAGGGUUGAAUACCAAACGUUUGGUGGUCAAGUUGUAUCAGGAUUACCUGGAGGUGAAGUAACCAUCCAAGAAUUUUCCUCAAGGCCUGGAGUUGUUGUAAAAUUAGAAGAAGGCCUAAACCCUGAAGAAAUCUUACAGUUGGCGGAAACAGAAGGCCAACAACAUAUCCAAACCUCGUCCUCUAGCGUUACUGCUGUCGUACAACAAGUUACUAAACGAAUCAUAAAAACGAAACGACGUGUAAUACGCAGAGUAGUAAUCAUAGACGGCAAAGAACAUGUAACGGAGGAAGUGAUAGAGGAGCCUGAUAAUGUUGAAGUAUAUGAAGAGCAAAUACCAAGAGUCUCAAUAAGCGUCAAAGAUCAAGGUGGUGUGCAGUUUGAGGAAAUUGAGGACGAUGAUCAUAAAGAUGACAAAAUACCUCUAUCAGAUAUUAACCAAGACCCCAAAAAUACGGGAGAAACAAAACCUAAAUCUGAAGGCAAACCCGACGAUCAACCCAAAGACAAACCACAUGAUGACAAGAAACCUCUAAAAGGUGAAAGUCCCGAAACAAAACAAAGAAAAGAUUUGCGUGAACUGUCCAGCGACUUUAUUCAAAUGGAAAGUCAAUCCGAUUCACAGUAUACUGAGUCAGGCACAAUUACCAAACAUUUAAGAGAAUUAUCUCCUGUACACACAGUUACUAUAUCUAAAAAUUAUGAAAUCGUUCCUGAAGAGACACGAAAUCAAGAAACCUAUCACACCCAAGAACCAGAGGAAUCAAAAUCAGAUGAUCAUCCACCUAAAUAUCAACCGAAAGAAAAAUCACUUGAUGAUGAUAAACCUCUUAAAGGCGACAGAUCAGAUAAAGAUGCAAGUGCGUUGUCUAAAGAUUUCAUCCAAAUGGAAAGUCAGCGUCAAUCACAAUAUGCAAAGUCUAGUACAACUACCAAACAGUCACAAAUGAGAGAAACACCCCCUGUGGAGACAGUAAUAUUUUCUCAAACGCGAGAAAAUAUACCUGAAGUAGGAGAAAUUCAAGAAUCCUAUUACGUUCAAGAACCACAAGAUCCUCAGUCCACGUUUAUAAGCGAAGGUUAUCAGCAAUCAACGUUACAGACGGCGUCAUCCAACAUUUCUACGGUUGUUCAAAAAGUAACAAGAAAAAUAACUAGAACUCGAAAACGUAUCAUUAAACAUAUACAAAUAAUUGAUGGCAAGGAGCACGUCACUGAAGAAAUCAUCGAUGAACCUGAUGACGUUGAGAUCAUUGAAGAGGAGCCUAAGGUUUCUACUCAUACAAUUCAAGAACAAGGGGUCAAGACAAAACGUAUUAAAAUAAUACGCCAGGUACAGAUCAUAGAUGGGAAAGAACAUAUUACGGAACAGAUUGUUGAAGAACCUGAUGAUGAAUUUAUUCCGGAAACAACUGUUAGCACUGAAAUAGAUGUAAGUAUCGAUAAACAGCCAUCGAUUGUUCCUGAAGGUAGCGUUGACAAAAAUACGCAAGAAUUACCUACAACCUCAACUACAGAAUUACAUUCAUUGAUUGUAGACGUGACAACUAGUGAUCUAAACACACAGUACUCGCAACCUGGAACUAAAGAAGUUGAUUCCACUAAAGGAAUAGAUAAGAAUCGUGUCUAUUUGGAAGAUCAAGUAAAGGUGGUAAUCAUAGAUGGGAAAGAACAUAUUACGGAACAGAUUGUUGAAGAACCUGAUGAUGUUUUUAUUCCGGAAACAACUGUUAGCACUGAAAUAGAUGUAAGUAUCGAUAAACAGCCAUCGAUUGUUCCUGAAGGUAGCGUUGACAAAAAUACGCAAGAAUUACCUACAACCUCAACUACAGAAUUACAUUCAUUGAUUGUAGACGUGACAACUAGUAAUCUAAACACACAGUACUCGCAACCUGGAACUAAAGAAGUUGAUUCCACUAAAGGAAUAGAUAAGGAUCGUGUCGAUUUGGAGGAUCAAGUAAAGGUGGUAGCAGGCAUCGAACCAAUCGUUGACAAAUCUAAUGAAACUUCUGAAAAAGAAACUACAAAGGAAGUAUCCAGCCCUCUGCCAAGUCCUGUUAGAAAAUCGAAAUCAGCAUCCCCAAGCAAGCGAGUGACAUUUGUUGACAAAUUGACUGAAAAGUCAAAGCCUGAAGACACAACUACAGAUCAAGGAAUAAAGUGGGAUGCAGUUGAACUGGAAAAAUCAUUGCAAUCUACUCAAAUCGUCUCAGAUUCGACUGCAAGGCAAAUUACUGAAACGGAAAUUGCUGGGUCUUCUGUAGAGGAACAAAAUCAAUUGACAGUUGAUAUUUCUUCAAUGGACGAAAGGGGCGUUGAAUCACCGAAAACACGUGAAAUUAAGCCAAAUUACGAAAUCGAUAGAAAUAUUCAAGUUCCAGAUAAAGAAAUAACCACUCAAGAACAAAAAUCCGAAACUAUUCCAACAAAAUCCAUUAUUCCAACAACGUCAAGCAUCGACUCUAAACUAGGUGUCACUCUAGACUUUAUUUCAAACGAAAGAGCGCACGCUUUACACCCAGAGACCAAACAAGAUCCUAAAAAAAGAACUACCGUUACAUCUGAAACACCAAGUGUCUCUAUUGAAACUGUAUCACCUCAGAAAUUAGAACCGUCUAAUACUUUAGAAAUUCAGCUGACAAGUGAACCACACUCUCUGAAACCUAAUGAAAUCGAACUAUCAAAACCAGAUACUGCUAGUACUAGUUAUACCGUAAGAGAAACUACUGAAUUCGUAUCGCCUAGUCAAUUAGCAACAGAAGAUGAUGUAAUAAAUCCUACUUCUGUAUAUGAGGAAAAAGAAAAAUCGCAAACCCUCGAAGUCACUGAAGUAAAAAUUUCUCGUACAGAAAAUAUUAACCCGCAAGAAGAAAGUAAGUCCGAAUCAAUAAAAUUAGACAUCACAGUUGUAGACAACCUUAAACUGCAAGACAACAUUGAUACUCACAAAGUGGAUGAAGUAGAAAACCUGACAUUAACGGAAAGGCAACCAAUAGAUGAAACAAACAUUAGCACAGAGUCACCAAACGAUAUUGUUGAUGUAACUAAGAAUAUUAUAAGCUCGGAAGGACAAGCACCUAAAAAGCGUGGAAAGAAAGCAAAAAAUAGAGACUUUUCUGCUGAUAAAAUAUCUGUAGACAAUAAACCACAUGAAAAACCGAGUCAAUCUGUCAUUCAGCCAACGGUGGAUGAAAUUGAAAGUAAUAUUUUGACUUCAAAAGUUACUGAUGUUCAAAAAGACGCGGAUGUUAAAUUAUCUGCUGCCCAACACAAAGACCCUAAAUAUGACAUUAAUCUACUCCUUGAAGCAGAACGUGCAGAUUCUCAUUUAAGACAAAGACCAACCCUUGAUGUUCAAACGAAACCUUUACAGACUGUUGAUAUAACAAUGUCGAUUUCCAAAACCGAUGUCGUAAAAACAGACGAGCCUAAAGUACAUCUUGACAUGAAAGUAGAAAAUUUUGAAACCCAACAAUCAACAAUUGUCAAAAAAGAUAUUGAUGUCAAUUUACCGAGUGAAGUAAAGAUAACAGAAGAUCACCCUCAACCAGUGGCUGAAAAACUUAAAGAUGACGUCAUACAACAACCAACGCCUGUUCCUGUACCCAAUGACCCUGUCAGAGAACCGAAGAUCCCAGAAAUUAGUGCCCAAAUUAAAAUUGAGGAAACAGAUCAAACAUCAAGUGGAACACCAGAUGACUCUAAAGAUCAUAGAAAAAGUAAAAAGAAAAAGAAACACAAACCUACGCCUGACGCAAGCCUAAAGGAAUCUACCAAAUCAGAGCUGCCUGUAGAAAUACCUGAAGAUAAGAGUGUUAUUGAUACUGACAGCUCAUCUCUGAGUCAUUACAUCGAGUUACCAGCUUCGCCGGCUUUAGAUUCACCCAAACCUACCGAAGAUAUCCUAGAACCUAAAGUAGAAUCAUUAGAACCAGAUUCUUUCGUUGAAUCUGAAAGGGCUGCUGAAGAGAAGGGUUACGAAGCAGAAGAAAUAUCUCAGGGACCCACACCAGUACCUAAAAAGAGGCAAAAGAAACGCAAGGCCCAUGGCGUUAGUGAAGAAACCGCGUACCCUAUAGAAACCACUGCAGAGUCUGAUGACACAUCAUUGUCAAGUCCAUUUGAAAUUACAAAACCCGCACAAGAAAAGAAAGGAAAGAAAAAGAAGGGAAAGAAAAAGACACCUACUGAUCCAGAAGAGGUAGAAGAAUCUGAAUCCACUCAAAAAUUGGAGCAUAAGCCAGAAAGUCCAAAAACAGGCAGCGAGAAUAUAGAGUCUCCUAAAGAGGAAUCUUACCAUACAAUGAGUGAGACUUCUGACAUCAGCACGGUUAAGAUAAUUGAGGAAUGCGUUCAAAGUAGCCCAGAAUCUUUACAAAAGGAAGUUACGACUACUGUAACUUUCCCAGUUCCUGUGGUUGAAGAAAUUCCAACGCAAGAGUACUCUGUCCAAACAUCUCCGGAAUUAUCUGAGUCCAUUAAAGAUGACAAAGAACAGCUAAAACCGGAAACAGUGGCCAUUGAGCUACAGACAUCUCCUACUCCUGUCAUUGAAACUGUAGUACAAACUACUCCUCGGGAUGAAAAAGACAUGGACACUCAGACAAUUGAAGAUAUCAUAACAGUAGCAGAAAAAGUAUCUGUCGUCGACACUGAAAUUCAAACUAGUAGAACGGAAACGCCACAAAAGUUGGAGCAGAUUGAAGUGACAACUCAAGUGAUUGCACACGAUAUAGUUACUCCAGAAGAAAAGUUUUCUCAAACUUCAUUACCUAUUGAGGACACGGAAGUGAAAUCCGAAACAGCAGAAGUUGUAACAGAAUCCAAAGAAAUUCAAACAUCUCCCUUGCCAGCAGUACAAAAAGAUGAAAAAGGUACCGGAACUCCCAUCGAAACAGUUGAAACUGAUAUCCAAACUAUACAAGAUAUUAUGCACCAGGAAACAUGCACAACGCCAGUACCAGAAAAAGAAGUUAUUGAAAUGAGUAUACAGACGCCCGAUUUACCAGUGGUUAGCACAUCUACUCAAUCAGAUUAUGUUGAACCUGAAAGAAAAGUCGAAACGGCUGAAGUAUCAUCACCAACACCUCCUAAAUCAGAAGUUUUUGAUGUAAGUCAACAAACGUCGCCAAGAUCACCAGAACAACCCGCGAUUACAACCACAGCAGAAAAAGAACCUGAAAUAGUUCCUGAACUACCAAUAAGGAAAGUUACUGCAGUCGAUAGAACUCAACAGACGACUCCUAGAGAACCAAUUGUUGAAGUUCCAACAACUAGGCGAGUCGAUUUAGAACUAACGAAAACAAAAGCACUGGCUAUUGAUAGUACUCAACAGACAUCUCCAAGAGUUUAUUCGGAAGAUUCAAUAUCGACAUCGACUGAAGAACCUUAUGAAAUACACUUACGAGCACAAAUAACAAUUCCAGACGCAACCAAUGACUUUAUUGACAACGAAAGACAACUGGAAGCUCCACAGUCUAUUAUCGGGGACAGACAAAAACCAAAGAAGAGGAAAAAUAAGCGGAAGAUGGAAUCACCAGUAGCUCAGACACCAGAAAGCCUCUCCGAUCCAAUAACAACAGAAUUACUUAUGUCUGUAACGCCUACAAGCGAAGACUACACAAGUAAAGACACGUCAUCAAUAGAUGAAGGUGUUUCUCAGUUAGCUAGCCCUGUGUCACCAGACCGCCAGGAGUUUAGUAAUCAACAUAAAUUAACUUACUCUGACGUCGUCCAGCGAUCGAAGUCUAAAUCUCCCUCUCCCACUAAAUCGGUCCACUUCUCUCGAAAACCUGAGAAAGCAAGACUGUUUGAUGCCUUAGAGAAAAGAACACAAUCCCUGACCGAGUCUCCAAGGAAAAUGCCCGACGAUUCUAUGGCUAUUGUUGUUCUGGAUCAGUCUGUAGAGAAAUCAUACGAUUCUGUUGUCAACAAAGAACUUCAAGAUCUUAAGAAUGCUAUUGGUACUAAUGAUCCGACAAGGGUUGAGAGGAGCGUUGUAGUCAUCAUAGAAACUAUAUCCAUUUGGUUGGAAGAAAUUCAAUACAAAAUUCAAACAGAAACUAUUGCCAAUGGAGAAUCCGUUAAUGAAGCGCAACGAUUAACAUCCUUACAGGGGUACAUUCAAAGUCUAAAAGAAAUAAUUGAGAUUACCGAAGUAAAUGAAGAAAUCGUAACUCUCAUUGAAAUGCUAACUCGACAAGCAGAUGCGGUGAAUGAUCUAAAUCGUCAAAGCUCGACUACGGUAAAAGAAGUUGAAAAAGACUGGGUGAAGUUCUUGGACGAUACUGACAAACUGUACCAGUCUGUCAACAAGGUAAAAUCUAAGCUUGAUGAUAUCAUUCUGUCUGAUAUUCCAACACAACAGAAAUUAGACGAAUUGGAUAAACUAGAUAACGAAAAUGUAACUAAUUCUGAUUCAGUCACUAAAAUGAUCCGCCGGUAUCGGAUUUUAGUAGAAAACAACAUAAAGCGGGAAUGUCCAACUACUCUGUACGCUUGCGAUGAUGAUACUAAGCAGGUGGAAAAUUCCAUCAAUACCGAAAGGGAUCGUUUGCUUCAGAUGUCAGCAUUGGCCGAGGAAUAUGAACAAACAUUACAAGAUUUUGGACAAAUAACCGAUGUAGCGGAAGCGCUGCUAGACGGAAAAAUAAUUGUAUCUGAUUUAGACCACUUACAUGAAGAAAUCCAAAAACACAGAAAGUUCUUUGUCAAUCUGAGCCACUGCAGAGCCAUCCUCGAAUCUUUAGAAGAUAAUUUAGAUGGUGAGACAAGAUCCAAGUAUUCAUCUUUACAUAAUUCGCUACACGAUCGUGCUACAGUAAUUAUUGACAGAGCAGCAGGUCGCGCUCAACAGAUGACUUUGGCAGCAUCUCGAUGGACCACGUUAGAACAAGGCAUGAGAGAAGAACAACAGUGGCUGAGAGUAGCACACCAGAGGAUACCUGACCUCAAUAAUGUCACAUCAAUCGACCACGAGCAAUAUAUCAACUUAUACCAAUCCGUCAGCUUGGAUGUGUCACAUCAUCAUGCAAAGAUCCUACGCCUAUUGUCGGUCACUGAUGGACUGCAAAACCUGAUUGUUUGUUCCGGGUUAGAAACUGAAUGUUCUAUAGCCCUCGAUACGUUGCUCAAGCUACAGGAAGAUGUGGAUUCUCGACUCAUUCGACUAACAGCCUUUAAAGAAAACUGGAUGACUUAUGACUUCAUUGUAGAAAGAAUAGAGAAUUGGAUGAAGAUCGCUAAUAUGGAGCUUGAACACAUUACUCCUGAAAAUAUUACAACAACCGGAAACUUGCGUCGGUUUUGGGAACUCAAGGCCCAACACGAAGUUCAUAACAAUCUUAAAAAUGAGUCCGGUGUCCAAUUCGAAAAAGCAUUAGAAAUUUUACCAAUAUCUGAUGAAAUGGUACAGCGUCAAUUCUUUUCAAAAAUAGAAGACGAAUGGCGGGAAAUUGCCGUCAAAAUUGAUAGCUUACAUUCUUCUGCCAUUCAAAGUAUUUCCGACCGUGACGUGUCCACUGGCGAAAAACUCAAUAUUUUGGAAGAUGAAAUUCGAGAACUACGUGCGUCACUCGAUAGCUUGAAGACAGUAAUAAGAAGCGAAGACGAAUUAAACCUUUACAUCGAGAGACUUCAAGUGAUGACGGGACGCGUUGACAGAAUACAGAACGAGCUCAGUAGGCUAAGCUUGCUACCUACAGCGGAGUCUGAUCGCUUGGGGGCCCUUUUGUCCCAGUCGCGCAACUUAGAUGACCAGAUUGCCGAGGAGCUGGAGCGCAGCAUGCUCUUGAAAGAGAAGAUAGUGCAGGUUCAAGCCGGCAUAACUCGUUGCCAGAAGAAUGAACGUCGCGGACGCCUCACUCUCGAGGAGUGCGCGGCCGCGGAACGACUCGGCAGCGACGUGGUGGAACGAGCAUCCGAGACGUGCGACAGACUUCUAGAAGAUCUCUCGGCGGAAUGGAGAGACAUAAGAGCGCUCAAUCAGGCGCUACAUACCUUGCCGACAUGUCUUCGAGUGUCCGUUUCGCUUACGGAUUUGGAAAGAGACAUCACAGGACUUCAGGAAAACCACGAGCAACUAGAAACCGAAGCGUCCGAGCUGAGCACGCGACUGCGGGCCAAAGUUCAUCUGUGGCGACGGUUCGAGCGGCAGCUGGAGCUGGUGCAGGGCGCGGUCCGCGAGGCCGACUACAUGGCCGAGCUGCUGACCGUGCAGGGGCAGGUGGACUACGACCGCCUGCUCAAGGCCACCGAGAAAUUAGAGACGCUAAGCGAGUCGCUGACGCGUCGCUCGGGCGAGCUGGUGGGCGAGCUGCGCGCGUCGGCGGCGCCGCUAGCGGCCGCCACCGAGCCCGCCGUCGCCGCCAAGAUGCAGCGCGAGCUGGACGACGCCGCCGCCGCCUACGAGCACACGUGCAGGAACCUCACGCAGCUGUGUCACAAAUACCACAAAGCGGUCGAGCUGUGGAAGCGGUACCGCGACGCCGCCGCCGCCGUGCGGGCCUUCGCCGAGCAACAAGAGGGUCGGCUGCAUGCGCUGCGACCCGCAGAAGCACCCACCAUCGCCCAGGCAUGCUCGGAGCAAGAAGGCCGCGUGGCCGAGCUGCGCUCCCUGGCCGCCCGCGUGGCCACCGAGACCGGCAGCCGCGCGCUGCAGGCCGACGCCGACGCGCUGGCCCGGCGGCUGCAGCUGGUCGCCGGCGCCGUGCAGGCCCUGGCUGAUCUCGGGGAGGCCCGGCAGCUGGCGAGGGCGAAGGCGCAGCAUGUCAAGGAGCAGUUCAGUGAUAUGAGACAGGACUUGAUGCCUCUGCACGAAGACGGCGAGAUCGUGGAAGACCAACUGAUUGCUCUUCGAGAGAACUUGAUCACGCUAGGAAAGAGCGAAGCGGACAUCGUGCCCGCCAAGGAGCAGCUUCCAGAUAUCGACAGGGACGUCUCAGAGGAACACUCCAUCGUCAGGAUCCUGGAGCUAUGGCAGGCCAUGUUCAGGGACACCUUCCUACAUUACCACAGGCUCUCUACGGCUCUGGUGAGAUCAGGAGAUGCUGCAACUGCUCUGCGGUUAUGGCACGAGUACCUCCAGGAUUUACAAUCAUUCCUAUCAGGGUCUGUACCCGCCGACUACGAAAACUUAACUGAACAUAGACGAUUAUGCAGAGUACAUAGGAACCUGCUGGCUUCACAACGAUCUGUACUAAUAAAUGAACAUAAGGAGACAAAACACAGGGACCUGGUAGAGAAAUUUGACACUUUGACGAAUCUUCACAAUGAGACCCUAGCGAGGAUAGUGGAGCGACAUGACGAAGUAUCCACCAGGAUUGCAGCUUGGGAUGACUACAGAGAGAUCUACAUCGAACUGUUGAGAUGGCUUAAAGAAAUGGAACGUGAAAAAGAAAAGUUGCAACUGAGAUAUGUCCACAUUAAGAGAAUACAACAAAUAUUGACUAAAGUGCAAAAUCUAUCUGACAAGAUACCAGAAGGUCGUAAACAGGCAGAAACAUUAUCCAGUAAUCUCAAAAAAAUAUUAGAAUUUACAGAAGAAACAUAUGGAGCUUCCGUAAGGAUGGAGUACGCGGGCAUCGUUAAACGAGUUGACAAUCUGAACGCAAGCUUAGACACGUGGCGAGACUUCCUCACCCGCAUACUCGGGCUAGUCAGCGAAUACGAAAACCUCACUAAUGAUCUUCACAAACUAUACUCAAAGACUCAGGACGAAAUCAUAUCAUACUCAGACGAAGAUAGACUAUCGCGGCCACAACUGAAAAAGGCAAUAGAAAAAUACACGGAAUUAAGGGCAAAGGUUGACAAGACCGAAACUCAAAUUGAAGCACUCAGUGUCAUCCAAGAACAACUAAAGGAAUGCCUUAGUCCUCAGGACAUAAGGAUUGUCAACCAACGAGUGUGGCAACUGAGGCAGCAACGAGCGGAUUUGGAACAUCAAUUAACGAUUAUUAUCCACCGGCUGCAGGAGCGGCUGGAGAUCUACACGAUAUUCAACUCGCGGUUGCUUCGGUUCGCCGAAUGGCUUACCACACUCGAGGCGCGUCUCGAAACUUCUAGUCAGAACAGUGAUUUGGGAGCCCUCGACCCACACGACCUUAUCAGACGAAUAACCUCGGAUGUCGAAGCGGAAACAUCUAUGAAAGAACGUGAAUUUGAAUGGCUCUCGGAAACGGGCAGCGUCCUUGUUGAUCUUUCUAAAAAGGAUGAGAAAGCUUUCAGUAAAACGACAAGCAAACAGCUUAGCGAGAUAAACGCUCGUUGGCACAAACUUCAGGAUAGCGGCCGAGCAAGGAUAUCCAAAAUUAGUGAGCUGCUCGAGACCAUCACGCAGUUGGAGGAACGAUUGACCACGAUCAGACUGAAACUGCACACCAUCGAAUCUAACUUGACCACUACGGUCAUUGUCCAAGUAUUGACAACGAGAGCGGUUGACGAGAAAUUCCAAGAACGCGACGAGAUACACAAAAACAUUGAAACAGUCAGCGGGGAAGUCGGAGAAACUCUGAAUCUCUGCGAACUGGUAUUCAACGAUCCAGACGUCCUGAGAGGCAACUUCGACCUGCGCAACUUACGCACCGGCGUCGACAUCGUCGAGAAAAAAUGGAAGAACAUCUGCGACAUGUCCGAACAGCGCAAAAACACGCUGAAAGAGAUCCGCAAGUCGGCCGAACUCGCAAACUCCCUGCUACCCAAGGUCGAAAAGAAACUGGACUCGGUCGAGAAGAGAGUCGAAAAAAUAGAGACCAGGAAGCAGAGAGGAGAAGGGGACGACGAGAGCGUAUCGAAGGCGGCCAUUAGAGAUCUGGAAGCGACGGAGGAGGACGUCAAGAGGCUGGAGGACGCGUACAGUCGGGUGGCUUCGGCGCGCGGGGUGGAGCUGCGCGGAGACGCGGCGGACUCGGCGGCGCGGCUGCGCUCGGCCGUGCGGCGCUGGCAGCAGCUGCGCGGGCGCGUGGACGCGGCCGGCGCCGACGCGCACCGCCAGCUCGUGGCCGCGCACGGCCGCGCCGUCAUCGCGCUCGCCGAGGCCGACGUCAGGCUCACCAGGGCGCUACAUCUGGCUCCGACGCCCCUAGACAAGGACGCUACCGUGGCGGAACUGAUGGGUGUCGAGCAAGAGCUAGCGGAGUGCGGAGCUUUGGUACAGACAGCAGACCAACUGGCAGCAACCGUGUCGUCGGCGGCCGGCGUGAGCGACAUGGUGGCGGAGUACCACGCGCUCUACAACGACGUGCGCCAGCGGCUGGCCGCCGCGCGCGCCGACCUCGUCGGCGACGUCGACUCCGCUGUACAGGUGGACACCCUUAAAUGGGAGACGGACGCCGCUCUUCAAGUAGACACGCUGACUUCCAAAGAAACCUACCGCGCUGAGCUGGCGUCAGCGGUGAAAGAGGCCUCGGACUGCCUGGAGGCCCUGAGAACGGCACUGCUGCAACAGCCCAAGGAAGACGCGGGAAGCGAUGACUUGGCAACCGCUGCGAAAGAAAUCGCCAAGGCUGGCGCUAAGCCCAGCCAAAUACUGGAGUUGGCCAAACAUUUGUCCGAACUACUCUUGACGGAAUGCGACGCGACCGAAGAUGAAGCCAUGCUGAAAGAAGUCGAGUCUCUUUCGUUGAGAUACGAGGACCUUCUCGCGCAAGCGAAGAAGAGGGAACUCCAAAUUAAUAACCUAAGGUUGCCGCACUCGGCGUCAUACGCGCUCACGUGCGAACAUGAGAGCGGGCGACUGACGUGCCCUCUCUGCUCGGAGCGCAACUGGAAGCAACUGGACAACGACCUCUGGCGGCUGGAGCAGUGGCUGCAGUUCGCGGAGGCCACGGAGGCGGGCCGCGGCGACCCGCCCGACCUGUACGACCAGCUGGAGGACGCUAUACAGGAUCAUCGUGAGUUCCUGCUGGACCUGGACUCGCACAAAUCCAUCGUGGUCUCCCUGAACGUGGUGGGCACGCACGUGGCGGCGCACGCGUCGGUGGCCGCGGACGCGCAGCGCGUGCGCGCGCGCCUCGCCGCCGCCAACGCGCGCUGGGACCAGGCCUGCGCGCGCGCCGGCGUGUGGCAGAAGAGGCUACAACGGGCGCUGGUGCACAACCAGCAGUUCCAUGAUAUCGUUGUGGAGCUAGUGGCGCGGCUGGCGGCGGCGGAGCGCGGCGUGCGCGCGCGCGAGCCGCUCCGCUUGUCGCGGCCGGCGGCCGAGCUGCAGCGCGACUUCCGCCGCUUCAGCGAGCUGCGCGACGAGCUGAGCCGCGCGGAGCCGCGCGUGCACGCGCUGCACGACGCCGCGCAGCUGCUGCGCAGCGGCGAUGCGCCGCCCAACGCGGAUGACAUCUGCCGAAGACUGGGCGAGCUGCGGCUGCGCCUGCAGUCGCUGCGCAAGCUGUCGGGCGUGUACGCGCUGAAGCUGGGCGCCGCGCUGGCGCGCCAGCCGCGCGGCACGUCCGCGCUCGCCGCCGCCGUCGCCGCCUCCGCGCCCAUGCUAAUGGAGGAGGAGGAGGAACAGAUCUCCACGCUGGAGCUGCCGCCCCUGGACGAGAACGAUGUGGUCGUAACUGAGGAGGACGAGGAGCUGUCGCGGCUGCAGCGCAGCCUGCGGUUCGUGUGCCGCGUGGCGCGCGCGUCGCUGCCGUUCCAGGCGCUGCUGCUGCUGCUGCUGGGCGCCGCCGCGCUGGCGCCGCACGCCUCCUCCGACUGCAGCGCGCCCGGCCUGGCGCUCGAGCCCGUGCUGCGCUACCCCGACGGCCCGCCGCCGCUCUGAUCGCGGGCCGGA